GAUUCGUUAAAGGAGUACCCGUGUGGAGGGGAACACACCCCCAGCCCCAUCGCCUCUGCUGUUCCCCUGUCAGCCACCCCUUCUCUCACCAGGGAAACUCAGCUCACCGCUGUCACCACCGCUACUGAGGCCGGCCACACCAUCGCUCUGCUGGGGGACAAGAAGGGAUGGCUGCAUAAGGUAUACACACGCGCACCAUCGCAUUGCUCCAAAGUCCUGGGUUCAUUUCCCACAUGGAUCUUCAGUACAUACUAAAUGUACUGAAAGUUGCUUUUUAUAAAACGUGAAACCUGUACCCAUAGCUGCCCAUUGCAACCUGUACCCACAGCUGCCCUUUGAAACCUGUACCCACAGCUGCCCAUUGAAACCUGUACCCAUAGCUGCCCAUUGAAACCUGUACCCAUAGCUGCCCAUUGAAACCUGUACCCAUAGCUGCCCAUUGAAACCUGUACCCAUAGCUGCCCAUUGAAACCUGUACCCAUAGCUGCCCAUUGAAACCUGUACCCAUAGCUGCCCAUUGAAACCUGUACCCAUAGCUGCCCAUUGAAACCUGUACCCAUAGCUGCCCAUUGAAACCUGUACCCAUAGCUGCCCUUUGAAACCUGUACCCAUAGCUGCCCAUUGAAACCUGUACCCAUAGCUGCCCAUUGAAACCUGUACCCAUAGCUGCCCAUUGAAACCUGUACCCAUAGCUGCCCAUUGAAACCUGUACCCAUAGCUGCCCAUUGAAACCUGUACCCAUAGCUGCCCAUUGAAACCUGUACCCAUAGCUGCCUAUUGAAACCUGUACCCAUAGCUGCCCUUUGAAACCUGUACCCAUAGCUGCCCAUUGAAACCUGUACCCACAGCUGCCCUUUGCAGAUAAGGUUGCCCACCUCUGACUUUCACCUCCAUUAGAAACAUGGACACCCAUGAGCUAGACUUGGCUCUUCAUUAGUAAUGUGUUAAUCACUAUUCAGUUAACCACUAGCACAGUUAACCACUAGCACAGUUAACCACCAGCACAGUUAACCACCAGCACAGCUCCGCAGGCAGGCAGGCAGGCAGGCAGGCUGGCAUCCACAGAGAGGUCAUUAACAUGAAACAUGUUGCUAAUGUGAAUUAUGGAUGAAAGCAGAUCCAGCUCAGCACCACACUGCCUAGAGCUGCCUGCUGUUCCUUAGCUUAAAUACCCUCGCCUCCCACACACACUCCAACUAGACACACACACACACACACACACACACACACACUAACGACACACACACACACACUAACGAGACACUGAGACACUCCCUAAUCGCACACACGCAUGCGCACACACACACCACACAAACACACACACUAACAAGACAUUCUCUCAUCACACACACACACACACACACACACACACACGGUGGCCUGCUGUGAUAUGGUGGUGGGAACAGGGGGAACCAGAGAGACACAAGGAAUUGUUCAUUUGAUUGUUAAAUAAUGCAACUAUGUGAGAACAAUAAAUGUUGUGAACAGUUUUUUGCAUUUCGCCGUUAUAUUGAGUGAGGAAGCAAUAUGUGAAAACUGUUGUGGAAAUCUGCAGAGCUCGACUACAACACCCACGAUGCAAUGCCCUCUCUAGAAAGGCUGUCUACGAACAAUACCAAAAGUCAACAUGUGAAGUAGCUAGUUGUAAAAUCCCUGACGCUAACUGCACUGUCAAUUUAGGAGUAUACUAGCAGCAUGCAUUGUGAAACAUGAAAGCAUUGUAGUUGUUUACAGUGUAUUAUCAUGAUGGUGUGUGUCCCACCAUUUUUCGGUUAAAGUGACCAAAAGCAUAGUAAUUUAUGGUAGUCACAUAAUGCAACAUUGACUUCUCGCUCUGCAAUGGCAAAGAGUAGUAGGCCUAGUACCCCUGUUAAACCCCUUUAGAUCAGAGUGAAAAACCACAACACACAGGGUCUGGUAGUGGUACUGAACCCUGUUAAACGUUGGGACCUGGAUGAGAAGAAUGAGUCUGUCACGUUGAAGAUAAGGCUUCUCUCUUCAAUACCGUUUUCAGUUGGCUCUCUCUCAUUCAACUGACUAGGCUACUCCUGUACAAUUCUAAAUAGCCAACAUACUAAAAAUAAAAAAAAUGUUAUAAAAGGGUAUUAAUUAACAUCUUAUCUCAUGUUCAUCGAGUCAUUCUUCUUUUAAGGUCCUUACUACUGAAUGGUGUCUGUUCCAGGUGCGUUGGAGUCAAAAUAACAAUACUGGAAUAGAUGGACGCUGUCGAAAAAAUGAAUAAAUCCCCAAAAGAGGCUUGAAUGCAAAAUGUAGAUGUUAAUUAAAACAUCAUGCCAUGGUGCCCAAAAAAUCAUAGUGCAAGAAAGUGCAUGAAUGAAAGGUGAAAACAAAACACAAACGUUUCGACCUCUGCUCAUCGUCAGUGUGAAUGUUGGCAUCAUGUCACUCUCAACAUAUCCCUCACAACAACACAUUACAAUGUUUCCCUUUGUUUACACUCUCUGUGUGAACAUUCAUUUGGAGUCCUCUGUCGCCAUGACUAUGACAGGUUAGCUUGACUGGAGCUAACGUUUGCCGACGUUAGUUUCUAGGCUAACUGACUAUUAUAGAUUAAACUAUCAAAACGUCAAUAAAAAAAAAUACAAUAAUAUCGUUCCACUUCGGUUAACUUGGUGUUUCUCAUCCUAUGCUUUUUAUAACUCACUCACCGUGAAGAUAAGGUUUAAAAUAAUGUGUUUAUAUGGUUCUUCUCUCUUCAGUUUUCAGUUGGCUCAACUGACUCACUGACUAGGCAGGCUUGCACGAGAGCCACUGUAGAGUGAGAGCGCUUGAAGCAGCCACUAGAGCGAGCAGCUCCCUCUGCAGGCCGAAACAAGCACAACACCCCUUGACUAUAAAUAAAUAAUGACAUAAUGCCAACGAUUAGGCUACCAUAUAUCUGACAUUCUCCCACAUUUCUAGUUGACAGAAAGUAUUACCCCUUUUUGACAGAAACUAUUUCCCUUUUUCUUUGAUGUUACAGACACACUAGAACCUGCCUCUGACUAUCAGAAACUUGCCCACAGUGGCGUGUAUUCAUGGAUGCCAAUGGAAGUCUGUCUUCCCCCAAUAAAAUGACAAAGAAAAAAAUACAUAAAAUAUAUUUUGUCUCUCUGUGUUUCAUAAUUUUACUUCAAUUCGUAAGAGGCUAAUGGCGCCGGAGGAGAUGGCUGCCGUUUUACGGGCUCCUAACCAAUUGUGCUAUUGUGUGUGUUUUUUCGCGUUAUUUGUAACUUAUUUUAUACAUCAUGUUUCUGCCACCGUCUCUUAUGACCGAAAAGAGCUUCUGGAUAUCAGGACAGCGAUUACUCACCUCGUACUGGACAAAUAAUUUUUUCUUUAACGAGUCGGACGCAAAGGAUUAACUUCAGACACCCGACAAGGCCCAAAUCCCCGUCAUUCACAUGAAGAAUAGACAGAGAUAUCGGGGACGUAGGUCGGGGUGCCUAGUAAGGAACCGACGGCGAGUGGGUAAUCUGCCUCUACCAUCAGUCCUAUUAGCCAACGUCAUUGGAUAACAAAAUAGACGAGCUACGAUCACUAAUAUCCACCAACAGGACAUUAAAAACGGUUUUUACCUCAUUUCUACCAGCAUGUUAAAUGUGCAACCAGAGGGAAAAAAACUCUAGACCACCUUUACUCCACACACAGAGACGCGUACAAAGCUCUCCCUCGCCCUCCAUUUGGCAAAUCUGACCAUAAUUCUAUCCUCCUGAUUCCUGCUUACAAGCAAAAACUAAAGCAGGAAGCACCAGUGACUCGGUCAAUAAAGAAGUGGUCAGAUGACGCAGAUGCUAAGCUACAGGACUGUUUUGCUAGCACAGACUGGAAUAUGUUCUAGGAUUCUUCCGAUGGCAUUGAGGAGUACACCACAUCAGUCACUGGCUUCAUCAAUAAGUGAAUCGAUGACGUCGUCCCCACAGUGACCGUACGUACAUACCCCAACCAGAAGCCAUGGAUUACAGGCAAUAUCCGCACUGAGCUAAAGGGUAGAGCUGCCGCUUUCAAGGAGCGGGACUCUAACCCGGACGCUUAUAAGAAAUCCCGCUAUGCCCUCCAAUGAACCAUCAAACAGGCAAAGUGUCAAUACAGGACUAAGAUCGAAUCGUACUAAACCGGCUCCGACCCUCGUCGGAUGUGGCAGGACUUACAAACUAUUACAGACUACAAAGGGAAGCACAGCCGCGAGCUGCCCUGUGACACAAGCCUACCAGACGAGCUAAAUUACUUCUAUGCUCGCUUCGAAGCAAGCAACACUGAAGCAUGCAUGAGAGCAUCAGCUGUUCCGGACGACUGUGUGAUCACUCUCCGUAGCCGAUGUGAGUAAGACCUUUAAACAGGUCAACAUUCACAAGGCCACAGGGCCAGACGGAUUACCAGGACGUGUACUCCGAGCAUGUGCUGACCAACUUGCAAGUGUCUUCACUGACAUUUUCAACCUGUCCCUGACCGAGUCUGUAAUACCAACAUGUUUCAAGCAGACCACCAUAGUCCCUGUGCCCAAGAACACCAAGGUAACCUGCCUAAAUGACUACCGACCCGUAGCACUCAUGUCUGUAGCCAUGAAGUGCUUUGAAAGGCUGGUCAUGGCUCACAUCAACACCAUUAUCCCAGAAACCCUAGACCCACUCCAAUUUGCAUACCGCCCCUAUUGCACUCCACACUGCCCUUUCACACCUGGACAAAAGGAACACCUACGUGAGAAUGUUAUUCAUUGACUACAGCUCAGCGUUCAACACUAUAGUGCCCUCAAAGCUCAUCACUAAGCUCAGGAUCCUGGGACCAAACACCUCCCUCUUUAACUGGAUCCUGGACUUCCUGACGGGCCGCCCCCCAGGUGGUAAGGGUAGGUAACAACACAUCUGCCAAGCUGAUCCUCAACACGGGGGCCCCUCAAGGGUGUGUGCUCGGUCCCCUCCUGUACUCCCUGUUCACCCAUGACUGCAUGGCCAGGCAUGACUCCAACACCAUCAUUAAGUUUGCUGACGACACAACAGUGGUAGGCCUGAUUACAGACAACGAUGAGACAGCCUAUAAGAAGGAUGUCAGAGACCUGGCCGUGUGGUGCCAGGACAACAACCUCUCCUUCAACGUGAUCAAGACAAAGGAGAUGAUCAUGGACUACAGGAAAAGGAGGACCGAGCACGCCCCCAUUCUCAUCGACGGGGCUGUAGUGGAGCAGGUUGAGAGCUUCAAGUUCCUUGGUGUCCACAUCAGCAACAAACUAUUAUGGUCCAAACACACCAAGACAGUCGUGAAGAGAGCACAACAAUUCCUAUUUCCCCUCAGGAGACUGAAAAGAUUUGGAAUGGGUCCUCAGAUCCUCAAAAAGUUCUACAGCUGCACCAUCGAGAGUAUCCUGACUGGUUGCAUCACUGCCUGGUAUGGCAGCUGCUCGGCCUCCGACCGCAAGGCACUACAGAGGGUAGUGCGUACGGCCCAGUACAUAACUGGGGCCAAGCUUCCUGCCAUCCAGGACCUCUAUACCAGGCGGUGUCAGAGGAAGGCCCUAAAAAUGGUCAAAGACUCCAGCCACUGUAGUCAUUGACUCUUCUCUCUGCUACCGCACGGAAAGCGGUACCGGAGCGCCAAGUCUAGGUCCAAAAGGCUUCUUAACAGCUUCUACCCCCAAGCCAUAAGACUCCUGAACAGCUAAUCAUGGCUACCCGGACUAUUUGCAUUGUCCCCCCCCCACCCCACCCCCUCUUUUACACUGCUGCUACUCUGUUUAUUAUCUAUGCAUAGUCACUUUACCUCUACCUACAUGUACAUAUUACCUCAAUUACCUCGACAAUUACCCCCACACAUUGACUCUGUACCGGUACCCCCUGUAUAUAGUCUCAUUAUUGUUAUUUUACUGUUGCUCUUUAAUGAUUUUUAUUUUUAUUUUUAUUUAUGUAUUGUUUACUUAACACUUAUUUUUCUUAACAUAAGUCUGACACCAACAGUCAGAUCAGCAAUAAGACUGAUAAAUACAGUUGAAGUCGGAAGUUUACCAACACUUAGGUUGGAGUCAUUAAAACUUGUUUUUCAACCACUCCACACAUUUCUUGUUAACAAACUAUAGUUUUGGCAAGUCGGUUAGGACAUCUACUUUGUGCAUGACACAAGUAAUUUUUCCAACAAUUGUUUACAGACAGAUUAUUUCACUUAUAAUUCACUGUAUCACAAUUCCAGUGGGUCAGAAGUUUACAUACACUAAGUUGACUGUGCCUUUAAACAGCUUGGAAAAUUCCAGAAAAUUAUGUCAUGACUUUAGAAGCUUCUGAUAGGCUAAUUGACAUCAUUUGAGUCAAUUGGAGGUGUACCUGUGGAUGUAUUUCAAGGCCUACCUUCAAACUCAGUGCCUCUUUGCUUGACAUCAUGGGAAAAUCAAAAGAAUUCAGCCAAGACCUCAGGAAAAAAAAUUGUAGACCUCCACAAGUCUGGUUCAUCCUUGGGAGCAAUUUCCAAACGCCUGAAGGUACCACGUUCAUCUGUACAAACAAUAGUAUGCAAGUAUAAACACCAUGGGAGCACGCAGCUGUCAUACCGCUCAGGAAGGAGACGCGUUCUGUCUCCUAGAACAACAGCAAAGGACCUUGUGAAGAUACUGGAGGAAACAGGUACAAAAGUAUCUAUAUCCACAGUAAAACGAGUCCUAUAUCGACAUAACCUGAAAGGCCGCUCAGCAAGGAAGAAGCCACUGCUCCAAAACCGCCAUAAAAAAGCCAGACUACGGUUUGCAACUGCACAUGGGGACAAAGAUCAUACUUUUUGGAGAAAUGUCCUCUGGUCUGAUGAAACAAAAAUAGAACUGUUUGGCCAUAAUGACCAUCGUUAUAUUUGGAGGAAAAAGGGGGUCGCUUGCAUGCCGAAGAACACCAUCCCAACCGUGAAGCAUGGGGCUGGCAGCAUCAUGCUGUGGGGGUGCUUUGCUGCAGGAGGGACUGGUGCACUUCACAAAAUAGAUGGCAUCAUGAGGAAGGAAAAUUAUGUGGAUAUAUUGAAGCAACAUCUCAAGACAUCACUCAGGAAGGUAAAGCUUGGUCGCAAAUGGGUCUUCCAAAUGGACAAUGACCCCAACCAUACUUCCAAAGUUGUGGCAAAAUGGCUUAAGGACAACAAAGUCAAGGUAUUGGAGUGGCCACAAAGCCCUGACCUCAAUCCUAUAGAAAAUGUGUUGGCAGAACUGAAAAAGCUUGUGCGAGCAAGGAGGCCUACAAACCUGACUCAGUUACACCAGCUCUGUCAGGAGGAAUGGGCCAAAAUUCACCCAAUUUAUUGUGGGAAGCUUGUGGAACGCUACCCGAAACAUUUUACCCAUUGUUGAGGAUCAGCGUGGAAGAUGUUUUGCUGCCUACCCUCACCACCUGGGGGCGGCCCGUCAGGAAGUCCAGGAUCCAGUUGCAGAGGGAGGUGUUCAGUCCCAGGGUCCUGAGCCUAGUGAUGAGCUUGGAGGGCACUAUGGUGUUGAACGCUGAGCUGUAGUCAAUGAUGAGAUGCGAGCUUCAUAAGUAAAUUAUACAUUUCAAGCAAUUGACAUAUCAAAAGACCAGUGUGCCUAUGCUAGUAAUUGUUGCUUGAUGCCUCAUUGCUGGUGAGCUUGCAAAGUAAACAGUUCAUAUUCUUGAUCACCAAUUUUUUGGGGAGCUGCAUAUUUAUUAUGGCCGUCCUCUCUCCCUACAAUGUGAUGUUUGCUCUGCACCCGAUCCCAUAGCUGCACAGCAAAUCAGCAAUCUGUUCGCUAGCUCUGCUGAUUGACAGUUUGCUGAUCCAAUCAGAGGGCCGAGUGUGCGUUUCACUAGCCAAUCUGUUGCACGUUUAAUUUUUUUUUGCAAGGGCGAUGCUGUGGCUACUGUCUCUGGCUGUGUGGAGAGUAAUCCACAGAGACUAUGUGCCACAAAAUGAGACAAAACAUUACAAAACCAGAUCAUUUCAAGUCAUCAGUUUCAAGUCAAAGUCAAAUUUGUGACUCAAGUCAGACGCGAGUCCAAGUCAUGUGACUCGAGUUCACAACUCUGACACUGUAUGUAUGGUACUAGCCUGGUCCCAGAUCUGUUUGUGCUCUCUUGCCAACACACCAUAAAUAAUCUUCACUUUUUCUUCUCUAUGUGGUCAGGUAUUUCUCCAGCCUGACACAACAGGGACAUUGUAUCAGAGUGUAUUGGUGGACCAGGACAGUCCAGUCAACGCUGACCUACUCCUGGACCAGUCUGGACAGAAUGUCUACGUCCUCACUGACAGCAAGGUAACGUCUAGCCCCUAUCCUUAGACCCUAACCCCUAGCCCCUAUCCUUAGACCCUAGCCCCUAUCCUUAGACCCUAAGCCCUAGCCCCUAUCCUUAGACCCUAACCCCUAGCCCCUAUCCUUAGACCCUAACCCCUAGCCCCUAUCCUUAGACCCUAACCCCUAGCCCCUAUCCUUAGACCCUAACCCCUAGCCCCUAUCCUUAGACCCUAACCCCUAGCCCCUAUCCUUAGACCCUAACCCCUAGCCCCUAUCCUUAGACCCUAACCCCUAGCCCCUAUCCUUAGACCCUAACCCCUAGCCCCUAUCCUUAGACCCUAACCCCUAGCCCCUAUCCGUAGACCCUAACCCCUAGUCCCUAUCCUUAGGCUCUAACCCCUAGCCCCUAUCCUUAGACCCUAACCCCUAGUCCCUAUCCUUAGACCCUAACCCCUAGCCCCUAUCCUUAGACCCUAACCCCUAGUCCCUAUACUUAGACCCUAACCCCUAGCCCCUAUCCUUAGACCCUAACCCCUAGCCCCUAUCCUUAGACCCUAACCCCUAGCCCCUAUCCUUAGACCCUAACCCCUAGCCCCUAUCCUUAGACCCUAACCCCUAGCCCCUAUCCUUAGACCCUAACCCCUAGCCCCUAUCCUUAGCCCCUAACCCCUAGCCCCUAACCCCUAGCCCCUAACCCCUAGCCCCUAACCCCUAGCCCCUAUCCUUAGACCCUAACCCCUAGCCCCUAUCCGUAGACCCUAACCCCUAGCCCCUAUCCGUAGACCCUAACCCCUAGCCCCUAUCAUUAGACCCUAACCCCUAGCCCCUACCCUUGACCCUAACCCCUAGCCCCUACCCUUAGAGAGAGAGAAGCACCAGAUCAUCAGCAAACAGUAGACAUUUGACUUCAGAUUCUAGUAGGGUGAGGCCAGGUGCUGCAGACUGUUCUAGUGCCCUCGCCAAUCCGUUGAUAUAGAUGUUGAAGAGGGUGGGGCUUAAGCUGCAUCCCUGUCUCACCCCACGGCCCUGUGGAAAGAAAUGUGUGUGUUUUUUGCCAAUUUUAACUGCACACUUGUUGUUUGUGUACAUGGAUUUUAUAAUGUCGUAUGUUUUCCCCCCAACACCACUUUCCAUCCGUUUGUAUAGCAGACCCUCAUGCCUCUCUUUUCCUUUGUCUCUCAGGUGUCCAAGGUGGCUGUGUCUCAGUGUGAGCAGCAGCCUGACUGCCAGGCCUGUCUGUCCGUCAGAGAUCCUUACUGUGGCUGGUGUGUCCUGGAGGGAAGGUACUGUACACAGCUACUCUUCCUGGGGUUUAUUAUGGAUCCCCAUUAGUUCAUUAGGCAGCAGCUACUCUUCCUGGGGUUUAUUAUGGAUCCCCAUUAGUUCCUGCCAAGGCAGCAGCUACUCUUCCUGGGGUUUAUUAAGGAUCCCCAUUAGUUCCUGCCAAGGCAGCAGCUACUCUUCCUGGGGUUUAUUAAGGAUCCCCAUUAGUUCCUGCCAAGGCAGCAGCUACUCUUCCUGGGGUUUAUUAUGGAUCCCCAUUAGUUCCUGCCAAGGCAGCAGCUACUCUUCCUGGGGUUUAUUAUGGAUCCCCAUUAGUUCCUGCCAAGGCAGCAGCUACUCUUCCUGGGGUUUAUUAUGGAUCCCUGUUAGUUCCUGCCAAGGCAGCAGCUACUCCUCCUGGGGUUUAUUAUGGAUCCCCGUUAGUUCCUGCCAAGGCAGCAGCUACUCUUCCUGGGGUUUAUUAUGGAUCCCCGUUAGUUCCUGCCAAGGGAGCAGCUACUCUUCCUGGGGUUUAUUAUGGAUCCCCGUUAGUUCCUGCCAAGGCAGCAGCUACUCUUCCUGGGGUUUAUUAUGGAUCCCCGUUAGUUCCUGCCAAAGGCAGCAGCUACUCUUCCUGGGGUUUAUUAUGGAUCCCCAUUAGUUCCUGCCAAGGCAGCAGCUACUCUUCCUGGGGUUUAUUAUGGAUCCCCGUUAGUUCCUGCCAAGGCAGCAGCUACUCUUCAUGGGAUUUAUUAUGGAUCCCCAUUAGUUCCUGCCAAGGCAGCAGCUACUCUUCCUGGGGUUUAUUAUGGAUCCCCAUUAGUUCCUGCCAAGGCAGCAGCUACUCUUCCUGGGGUUUAUUAUGGAUCCCCAUUAGUUCCUGCCAAGGCAGCAGCUACUCUUCCUGGGGUUUAUUUUGGAUCCCCAUUAGUUCCUGCCAAGGCAGCAGCUACUCUUCCUGGGGUUUAUUAUGGAUCCUCAUUAGUUCCUGCCAAGGCAGCAGCUACUCUUCCUGGGGUUUAUUAUGGAUCCCCAUUAGUUCCUGCCAAGGCAGCAGCUACUCUUCCUGUGGUUUAUUAUGGAUCCUCAUUAGUUCCUGCCAAGGCAGCAGCUACUCUUCCUGGGGUUUAUUAUGGAUCCUCAUUAGUUCCUGCCAAGGCAGCAGCUACUCUUCCUGGGGUUUAUUAUGGAUCCCCAUUAGUUCCUGCCAAGGCAGCAGCUACUCUUCCUGGGGUUUAUUAUGGAUCCUCAUUAGUUCCUGCCAAGGCAGCAGCUACUCUUCCUGGGGUUUAUUAUGGAUCCCCAUUAGUUCCUGCCAAGGCAGCAGCUACUCUUCCUGGGGUUUAUUAUGGAUCCCCAUUAGUUCCUGCCAAGGCAGCAGCUACUCUUCCUGGGGUUUAUUAUGGAUCCCCAUUAGUUCAUUAGGCAGCAGCUACUCCUCCUGGGGUUUAUUAUGGAUCCCCAUUAGUUCCUGCCAAGGCAGCAGCUACUCUUCCUGGGGUUUAUUAUGGAUCCCCGUUAGUUCCUGCCAAGGCAGCAGCUACUCUUCCUGGGGUUUAUUAUGGAUCCCCAUUAGUUCCUGCCAAGGCAGCAGCUACUCUUCCUGGGGUUUUAUUAUAGAUCCCCAUUAGUUCAUUAGGGGCUUGUUGAUAGUGUUAUCUCCUCUAGGGCCUCUAGGGACCUGCCUUGUUGAUAGUGUUAUCUCCUCUAGGGCCUCUAGGGACCUGCCUUGUUGAUAGUGUUAUCUCCUCUAGGGCCUGUAGGACCUGCCUUGUUGAUAGUGUUAUCUCCUCUAGGGCCUGUAGGGACCUGCCUUGUUGAUAGUGUUAUCUCCUCUAGGGCCUGUAGGGACCUGCCUUGUUGAUAGUGUUAUCUCCUCUAGGGCCUGUAGGACCUGCCUUGUUGAUAGUGUUAUCUCCUCUAGGGCCUGUAGGACCUGCCUUGUUGAUAGUGUUAUCUCCUCCAGGGCCUGUAGGGACCUGUCUUGUUGAUAGUGUUAUCUCCUCUAGGGCCUGUAGGACCUGCCUUGUUGAUAGUGUUAUCUCCUCUAGGGCCUGUAGGACCUGCCUUGUUGAUAGUGUUAUCUCCUCUAGGGCCUGUAGGACCUGCCUUGUUGAUAGUGUUAUCUCCUCUAGGGCCUGUAGGACCUGCCUUGUUUAUAGUGUUAUCUCCUCUAGGGCCCGUAGGGACCUGCCUUGUUGAUAGUGUUAUCUCCUCUAGGGCCUGUAGGGACCUGCCUUGUUGAUAGUGUUAUCUCCUCUAGGGCCUCUAGGGACCUGCCUUGUUGAUAGUGUUAUCUCCUCUAGGGCCUCUAGGGACCUGCCUUGUUGAUAGUGUUAUCUCCUCUAGGGCCUGUAGGACCUGCCUUGUUGAUAGUGUUAUCUCCUCUAGGGCCUGUAGGGACCUGCCUUGUUGAUAGUGUUAUCUCCUCUAGGGCCUGUAGGGACCUGCCUUGUUGAUAGUGUUAUCUCCUCUAGGGCCUGUAGGGACCUGCCUUGUUGAUAGUGUUAUCUCCUCUAGGGCCUGUAGGGACCUGCCUUGUUGAUAGUGUUAUCUCCUCUAGGACCUGCCUUGUUGAUAGUGUUAUCUCCUCUGACCCACACAUACACACUGUUAAAACCCCUUUUCCUCUGUCACACAUUUCCAUGUUAACUUGUGUUUAUACCGUUGACACAGAUGUACUCGUAGACUGGAGUGUAGUCGUGAGGGCCAGGCCAACCACUGGCUGUGGAGCUGCCAGCCUGCCAACCAGCCUGCCGACCAGCCUGCCAACCAGCCUGCCAACCAGUGUGUGACUGUUCAGAGCCUGAAGCCUGCCAUACAGAGCAGAGAGGAGAAGACUGAGGUGGGUUACAGAUCUUCAACAGUCUAGUAUAUGUAGAAACAUUGUGUGACAGAUCUGUGGGAGGAGAUUUGAUGGAGUAACUCAGUGGAGGUGCCUGGGCUGGUCUAGUGGGUAAUGUCUGGUGGGUAAUGUCUAGUGGGUAAUGUCUAGUGGGUAAUGUCUGGGCUGGUCUAGUGGGUAAUGUCUAGUGGGUAAUGUCUAGGGGGUAAUGUCUGGGCUGGUCUAGUGGGUAAUGUCUGGACUGGUCAAAGGGGUAAUGUCUGGGCUGGUCUAGGGGGUAAUGUCUAGGGGGUAUUGUCUGGGCUGGUCUACUGGGUAAUGUCUAGUGGGUAAUGUCUGGGCUGGUCUAGUGGGUAAUGUCUAGUGGGUAAUGUCUGGGCUGGUCUAGUGGGUAAUGUCUGGGCUGGUCUAGGGGGUAAUGUCUGGGCUGGUCUAGUGGGUAAUGUCUAGUGGGUAAUGUCUGGGCUGGUCUAGUGGGUAAUGUCUGGGCUGGUCUAGGGGGUAAUGUCUGGGCUGGUCUAGUGGGUAAUGUCUAGGGGGUAAUGUCUGGGCUGGUCUAGUGGGUAAUGUCUAGUGGGUAUUGUCUGCGCUGGUCUAGUGGGUAAUGUCUGGGCUGGUCUAGUGGGUAAUGUCUGGGCUGGUCUAGUGGGUAAUGUCUGGGCUGGUCUAGUGGGUAAUGUCUAGUGGGUAAUGUCUGGGCUGGUCUAGUGGGUAAUGUCUAGUGGGUAUUGUCUGCGCUGGUCUAGUGGGUAAUGUCUAGUGGGUAUUGUCUGGGCUGGUCUAGUGGGUAAUGUCUAGUGGGUAAUGUCUGGGCUGGUCUAGUGGGUAAUGUCUAGUGGGUAAUGUCUGGGCUGGUCCUGCAGUACAUGUGGUUAUUAAUCCCUCCACCCUACCUGUAUGUCUCUCCCCCACUCUCUUUCUAUCUGUCCCAAUAAACCUUUAAAAUACUUAUUUUAAAAAAAAUCAGAAUAAAAAUCAGCAUGUAUAAUAUAUAGAUCUCGAUCCCAGGUGUCACUAACAGUGGCCCAGCUGCCCACCCUGUCAGAUGAGGAGUCUCUUUCCUGCUCCUUCGGAACCCUCCCCCCUCAGCCAGCCAUCGUCACGGGAACCACCAUCACCUGUCAAUCACCCCUGCCUGAGCUCCUCCCACCCAGCCCACCAGGAAGUGGUAGGAUGCCAUUUUUAUUUUACGUUUUAUAUAUGAAAAAAUCUCGAAUUAUUCGAUAAAAAAAAUAUAAUAAUAAAGUUUGAUUUGUUUUCAUAAUUAUUUAAUUAAUUUAUAAUUUAAUCAAUGUAACACAUUUAUUAUUUAUCCAAAUUAAUCUAAUUGAGAUAGAAAUAACCGGGGCGGCAGGUAGCCUGGCGGCUAAAGAGGAGAGACAGUUUGAAUCCUGUGUCUGACGGGAAAAGUCUGGCGGGAAGUGAACUGGCAACCAGAGGGUUGCUGGUAUCAAAUCCUAGAUGCCAUUGCCUGCUGUUGUGCCCUUGAGCAAGACACUUAACCUCCACAACAACUGCUCCCCCGCACCUCUUCAAAAAGCCUGUAUAUGUAUGACUCAUCAUGAUGUUGACUGAUCAUCCAUUGAGGCAACUGGAGGCUGUAUAGCAUUGAUGAACUGCCUAAUGAACUUUUAAAAUCCCAUAAAUUAAUUGACGUCCUAUAUGAUUUGCUCCAAAUUUGUUUAGUGUACAGUAUACUACCAUAAGUCUAUAGUGAAUCCCAUUCCCAAAUCUUCAAAAAAUGACCAGAGAGAGCCACUGAACUAUAGAGGGAUUAGUUUAUUAAGUACGGUCUAUAAAUUAUAUUCAUCCAUCCUCAACAACAGGCUGAUGACCUUUCUGGAAGAUCAAAACAUUCUGCUGGAAGAACAAAAAUGGUUUCUGUAAAUCCAGAGCCUGUAUAGAUCAUAUCUUCUGGGUCUGUACAAUAAUCAGAAAUAGAUUACACGAAGAGAAGCCGACUUUUGCAUUUUUCAUUGAUUUUCAGAAAGCUUUUGAUUUUGUAAAUAGGGAUCUUUUAAGCCUAUAGUUUGUUAAAGACAGGGGUUGACGGGAAAUGUUAUCACGCAAUUCAGUCUCUUUACAAAGCACCAACAGCCUGUGUGCGUGAUAAUGAAUAUGGAACAGAUUGGUUUCCCUUGGUUACCCUCGGGUGUAAAACAAUGAGACUCCUUAUCACCGACUUUGUUUGCUAUGUUUUAUAAAUGAUUUGGCAAAAUAAAGGAAACAGUUAAAUAUUGGAGUAAGAUUUGAUGAUGAAAUGCUAAGUAUCCUUUUAUAUGCUGAUUAUAUUAUUUUGACGGCAGAAACUGAAGCAGAACACGUUAUUAUGUGCAGUCAAUUGGUGUAAAAGACGGAGACUCAUGAUCAACCUGACAAAAACACAGAUAAUGCAAUUUAGAAAACCAGGUACUAAGAGAAGUGUUUUUUCAGUUUUGUUUUGGUGAAGACGUUCUUGAGUUUACUAGCAAUUAUAUAAAUAUUUGUGUCUUUUUACUGAUGAACAUAUGACCUUUCUAUACGGAACAUCUUCCCGACUCAGCAAGUAACGCUCUUUUUGGGGGAGUUCUAGGAAAAACAAAAACACUCAAAAGAUACUGGUUAUGCUACGUAUUCCAAACUGGAUCAGACGUGCGCGUCCUGUUCUGGACUGUUCAGCAGGAGUUUGGGGUGCUAAGGAGGUAUCUCAAAAACGAACAUGUCCAUAACACUUGACUUAAAAAAAAAAAAGGGGGUAGAUCAGCUUUAAUAUUGCAGAUUGUAACUUUCAUCAAUGUAAUUGUCUGCAUCACUUCCAAUCCCCCAUAUGUUUUUGGAAUAGAUUGUUGGAUAUGCCAACUGCCAGAAUAGCUUUUCAAUGGGAUCUAUCCAUAGGGGGAGCCUGGGCAACUGAAAUGUCAGACCUUUUCCAACAGUCUGACUGUUGACAUCUGUACGAAAACCAAAUUAAGGGAGACAUAGAUAUUAUUAUUUUUUUUAACUGUUGAUGCGAUAUGAAAAAAAAUAAUGGGUGGAGGAGAUGAAUCCUAAACCCAAAUUGAAAACCCUUUGUUGUCUCCUCUCUGUAGACCACAUGACUAGAUACUACCAGUGUGUCUGGGGUGGCAGGUAGCUUAGUGGUUAAGAGCGUUGCGCCAGUAACCGAAAGGUCGCUGGUUCUAAUCCCCGAGCCGACUAGGUGAAAAAGCUGUCGAUGUGCCCUUGAGCAAGGCACUUAACCCUAAUUGCUCUGGAUAAGAGCGUCUGCUAAAUGACUAAAAUGUAAUGUAAAUGUAUUAUGUGUAUACAGAAACUAUUGUGGUGUCUGUGUGUGUGUGUGUGUGUGUGUGUGAAUGAUGUACAGAGCCUUCAGAAAGUAUUCAUACCCCUUGACUUAUUCCACAUUAUAUUGUGUUACAGCCUGAAUUCAAAAUUGAUUAAAUAGAUGUUUUUCUCUCAGCCAAUACCCCAUAAUGACAAAGUGAUUUUUCCGUUGUUGAAAUUUUAGCAAAUAUUUUGAAAAUGAAAAACAGAUAUAGUUCACACCCUGAGUUUAAUACUUUGUAGAUGCACCUUUGAGUCGUAUUGGUUACAUCUGUAUCUUUGUACAUCUGGACUUGGGGAUUUUCUCCCAUUCUUCCUUGCAGAUUUUCUCAAGCUCUGUUAAGUUAGAUGGGGAGCGGCGGUGAACAGCAUUCCUGAAGUCUUUCCACAGAUGUUCAAUUGUGCUUUGGCUGGGCCACUCAAGGACUUUCACAUUCUUGUUCUGAAGCCAUUCCAGCGUUGCUUUGGCUGUGUGCUUGGGGUCAUUGUCCUGUUUGGCUGUGUACUUGGGGUCAUUGUCCUGUUGGCUGUGUACUUGGGGUCAUUGUCCUGUUGGCUGUGUACUUGGGGUCAUUGUCCUGUUGGCUGUGUACUUGGGGUCAUUGUCCUGUUGGCUGUGUACUUGGGGUCAUUGUCCUGUUGGCUGUGUGCUUGGGGUCAUUGUCCUGUUGGCUGUGUACUUGGGGUCAUUGUCCUGUUGGCUGUGUACUUGGGGUCAUUGUCCUGUUGGCUGUGUACUUGGGGUCAUUGUCCUGUUGGCUGUGUGCUUGGGGUCAUUGUCCUGUUGGCUGUGUACUUGGGGUCAUUGUCCUGUUGGCUGUGUACUUGGGGUCAUUGUCCUGUUGGCUGUGUGCUUGGGGUCAUUGUCCUGUUGGCUGUGUACUUGGGGUCAUUGUCCUGUUGGCUGUGUGCUUGGGGUCAUUGUCCUGUUGGCUGUGUACUUGGGGUCAUUGUCCUGUUGGCUGUGUACUUGGGGUCAUCUUGGGGUCAUUGUCCUGUUGGCUGUGUACUUGGGGUCAUUGUCCUGUUGGCUGUGUACUUGGGGUCAUUGUCCUGUUGGCUGUGUACUUGGGGUCAUCUUGGGGUCAUCUUGGGGUCAUUGUCCUGUUGGAACGUAAAUCUUCGCCCCAGUCUGUCGUUUGCGCUCUAAAGCAGGAUUUUCCUGUAUUUGGCCCCAUUCAUUGUUCCCUCUAUCCUUACCAGUCUCCCAGAACCUGCCGCUGAAAAGCAUCCCCAUAGCAUGCUGCCGCCACCAUGCUUCACGGUAGGGAUGGUGUUAGACAGGUGAUGAGCACCGCCUGGUUUUCUCCAGACAUAGAGCUUUGCAUUCAGGCCAAAGAGUUCAAUUUUUGUCUCAUCAGACCACAUAAUCUUUUGCCUUAUGCUCUGAGUCUUUCACGUGUCUUUUUGCCAACUCCAGGCGUGCUGUCAUGUGCCUUUCUGGCUUCCGUCUGGCCGCUCUCCCAUAAAGCCCAGAUUGGUGAAGUGCUGCAGAGACUGUUGUCCUUCUGGCAGGUUCUCCCAUCUCAGCCAAGGAACUCAGUAGUUCUGUCAGAGUGGUCAUUGGGUUCUUGGUCACUUCCCUGACCAAGGUCCUUCUUGCCCGGUUGCUCAGUUUGGUCGGACUGCCAGCUUUAGGCAGAUAUUUUUUAAAUUUCCCAAUGAUGGAGACCACUGUACUCUUGUAAACUUUCAACACUCUAGAAAUGGUUGUAUACCCUACCCCAUAUAUAUGCCUCAUCACAAUUCUCUCUGACAGUUCCUUGGACGUCAUGGUAUAGUUUCUGUUCUGACAUGCACUGUCAACUGUGGGACCUUAUAUAGACAGGUGUGUGUCUUUCUAAAUCAUGUCCAAACAAUUGAAUUAGCCACAGGUGGACUCCAAUCAAGUUGUAGCGACAUCUCAAGGAUGAUCGAUAGAAAUUGAAUGCACCUGAGCUCAAUUUGGAGUGUCAUAGCAAAGGGGGUGUGAAUACUUACAGUACCAGUCAAAAGUUUGUACACACCUACUCAUUCCAGGGUUUUUCUUUAUUUUUACUAUUUUCUACAUUGUAGAAUAAUAGUGAAGACAUCAAAACUAUGAAAUAACACAUAUGGAAUCAUGUAGUAACCAAAAAAAAUGUUAAACAAAUCCAUAUGUGCUAUUUCGUAAUUUUGAUGUCUUCACUAUUAUUCUACAAUGUAGAAAAUAGUAAAAAAUUAAGAAAAACCCUGGAAUGAGUAGGCGUGUCCAAACUUUUUGACUGGUACUGUAUGUAAAUGAGAUAUUUCUGUAUUUCAAUUUCAAUAAAUUAGUAAAAAUGAGCAGGUGUUUCCACUUUGACUUUGUCAGUAUGGGUACGGUGUGUAGUUGGCUGAGUCAGGCUGGAACAACAACAUCAUGUGGAAUAGGUCAAGAGGGAUGAAUACUCUCUGAAGGCUCUGGAUAUCUCUCUCUCCUCUCCAUAGACCACAUGUCUCUGUGUGUGUGAUGUUUGGCAUAUAAUAAUAAUAAUAAUAAUAAUAUGCCAUUUAGCAGACGCUUUUAUCCAAAGCGACUUACAGUCAUGCGUGCAUAAUUUUUUUUGUGUAUGGGUGGCCCCGGGGAUCGAACCCACUACCCUUGGCGUUACAAGCGCCGUGCUCUACCAGCUGAGCUACGGAGGACCACAUCAUGACAUAUCUUUAUGGUCUCUCCUGUCUGUCUGUCUGUCUGUCUGUAGACCACAUGUCUCUGCGUGUGUCUGUGAUGUUCGGAGACGUGACCAUCUCUAGCAGUGACAUCACCUUCUACGACUGUAGAGCUGUGGGCCGACUCAACACCACCUCCCCGUAAGAUAUAACAAACGCACGCACACACACGCUCAGGCACACACACAUGCGUGUGCACAGACAUGCCAGUGUUUCCUCUAUAUUCAUUUAGCAGCGGCGGGAUGGUCAAACAUUGUAAACAUCUAAAACCAGAUAUAGUACGUAGAAAAGACAAUGGACCUGUACAUCUAAAACCAGAUAUAGUACGUAGAAAAGACAAUGGACCUGUACAUCUAAAACCAGAUAUAGUACGUAGAAAAGACAAUGGACCUGUACAUCUAAAACCAGAUAUAGUACGUAGAAAAGACAAUGGACCUGUAUAUGUUUUAAUGAGAUCAUCUUUAACAACCACCAAAUCAAAAAUGUAAUGGUGGGGCUCCCAUUGAUUUAGUUAUAAUGUCUGAGUUACUCAGAUAGAUAGCAUAAGAACACAGCAUAACUCAUGGCAAAAUGUGUAGAAUUGCAGGAAAUUAGCUUUGGCCACGCCCACAACCCCCUCACCCCCCCCUUAACUCUGCCACCGCUGAUGAAAACAAUCCUAGGGGAAACACUGCAUGCACACGCACAAACACAUACACACACACACACACAGUCACCCAAGCUAUAUCUGUAUGUAUUCUAGGUGUAUGGCGUGUGUGGGCAGUGUUUGGCCAUAUCCAUAUGUCUCUCUGUAUUCUAGGUGUAUGGCGUGUGUGGGCAGUGUUUGGCCAUGUCCAUAUGUCUCUCUGUAUUCUAGGUGUAUGGCGUGUGUGGGCAGUGUUUGGCCAUGUCCAUAUGUCUCUCUGUAUUCUAGGUGUAUGGCGUGUGUGGGCAGUGUUUGGCCAUAUCCAUAUGUCUCUCUGUAUUCUAGGUGUAUGGCGUGUGUGGGCAGUGUUUGGCCAUAUCCAUAUGUCUCUCUGUAUUCUAGGUGUAUGGCGUGUGUGGGCAGUGUUUGGCCAUGUCCAUAUGUCUCUCUGUAUUCUAGGUGUAUGGCGUGUGUGAGCAGUGUGUGGCCAUGUCACUGGUGUGCUCUGGAUGAGCUGUGUUCCCACAACAACAGCUGCCCCAAGCAGCACACCAUACACAACUCACUGGUAAGACAACCUUUACUCAACCCUAACUCAACCUUUACUCAACCCCAACUCAACCUUUACUCAACCCUAACUCAACCUUUACUCAACCCUAACUCAACCUUGACUCAACCCUAACUCAACCUUUACUCAACCCUAACUCAACCCUUACUCAACCCUAACUCAACCUUUACUCAAUUCUAACUCAACCUUUACUCAACCCUAACUCAACCUUGACUCAACCCUAACUCAACCUUGACUCAACCCUAACUCAACCCUAACUCAACCCUAACUCAACCUUUACUCAAGCCUAACUCAACCUUUACUCAACCUUGACUCAACCAUAACUCAACUUGUGGUCCUCUGUAGCUCAGCUGGUAGAGCACGGCGCUUGUAACGCCAAGGUAGUGGGUUCGAACCCCGGGACCACCCAUACACAAAAAAAUGUAUGCACGGCACGACUGUAAGUCGCUUUGGAUAAAAGCGUCUGCUAAAUGGCAUAUUAUUAUUAUUAUUAUUAUUAACCUUGACUCAACCCUAACUCAACCUUGACUCAACCCUAACUCAACCUUUACUCAAAUCUAACUCAAGCCUAACUCACACCUAACUCAACCUUGACUCAACCCUAACUCAACCUUGACUCAACCCUAACUCAACCUUGACUCAACCCUAACUCAACCUUGACUCAACCCUAACUCAACCUUGACUCAACCCUAACUCAACCUUGACUCAACCCUAACUCAACCUUUACUCACACCUAACUCAACCUUGACUCAACCCUAACUCAACCUUUACUCGACCCUAACUCAACCCUAACUCAACAUUUACUCAACCCUAACCCAACCCUAACUCAGCCCUAACUCAACCUUUACUCGACCCUAACUCAACCCUAACUCAACCCUAACUCAAUCCUAACUCAACAUUUACUCAACAUUUACUCAACCCUAACUCAACCCUAACUCAACCCUAAUCCAACCCUAACUCAUCCCUAACCCAACCCAACCCUAACCCAACCCAACCCUAACCCAACCCUAACCCAACCCUAACCCAACCCUAACCCAACCAUAACCCAACCCUAACCCAACCCUAACCCAACCCUAACCCAACCAUAACCCAACCCAACCAUAACCUAACCCUAACCCAACCAUAACCCAACCAUAGCACGUCAUACUCUUGAAAAUGUAUAGUUGUUUCACAGCCUCUCCUCUCCAUUUUGAGUCAUUCCAAACAUUGUCCCAAAUGUCCACCCUAUUCCCUAUGUCCAUAGGGCCCUGGUUGAAAGUAGUGCACUGUAAAGGAAAUAGGAUACUAUUUGGUUCUUUGUUUUCUGCUGUAAUAUAUUAUUUGGUCUGUGUGUGUGCUUCCACCUCCGACCACUAGGAGGAGCAGUUGGAGCCGCGGGGUCCAGACUCUUGUCCCUGUGUGUGGGCUCUACAGAGCUCUCCUCUGGUCCCCAUGGGCUUCCUGUCUCCUCUGACCCUACUGGGGAGGAACCUCGACAUGUUUCAGGUGAUUGGACUCAGCAGUUUCCUAGAAAUGCAGUAUAGAUAAUGAUCACAAACAUAUGCACAGGUAACUGGACUCAAGAGUUUACUAUAAAUUGAAAUCCUUUGUCCUUUAAAAAAACAAAUAAUUUUUACAUUGAUGCUUCAUCUCAGGGCGAGGAGCAGUACGUGUGUGUCGUGGUUGUGGAAGGGGAGGAGCUUAAACUGAACGCCACUCUGGAGAAAGAUCCAAAAACCAAGACGUACACCUUCACUUGCUCUGCCCACAAGGUAUUCACAAACCCCAUAGACACACACUCACUAAUACAUUUAAACUAAAAAGCGUUCAAAUGCCAAGAUGUACAGUGCAUUCGGAAAGUAUUCAGACCCCUUUACUUUUUCCACAUUUUGUUACGUUACAGCCUUAUUCUAAAAUGGAUUAAAUUGUUUUUUUUCCCUCAUCAAUCUACACACAAUACCUCAUAAUGACAAAGCAAAAACAGGUUUUUAGAAAUUUUUGCAAAUUUAUCAAAUAAAACUGAAAUAUUACAUUUACAUAAGUAUACAGACCCUUUACUCAGUACUUUGUUGAAGCACCUUUGGCAGCGAUUACAGCCUCGAGUCUUCUUGGGUAUGACGCUACAAGCUUGGCACACCUGUAUUUGGGGAGUUUCUCCCAUUCUUCUCUGCAGAUCCUCUCAAGCUCUGUCAGGUUGGAUGGGGAGCGUCGCUGCACAGCUAUUUUCAGGUCUCUCCAGAGAUGUUUGAUCAGGUUCAAGUCCAGGCUCUGGCUGGGCCACUCAAGGACAUUCAGAGACUUGUCCUGAAGCCACUCCUGUGUUGUCUUGGCUGUGUGCGUAGGGUCGUUGUCCUGUUGGAAAGGGAACCUUCGCCCCAGUCUGAGGUCCUGAGCACUCUGGAGCAGGUUUUUAUCAAGGAUCUCUCUGUACUUUGCUCCAUUCAUCAUUCCCUCGAUCCUGACUAGUCUCCCAGUCCCUGCUGCUGAAAAACAUCCCCACAGCAUGAUUCUGCCACCACCAUGCUUCACCGUAGGGAUGGUGCCAGGUUUCCUCCAGAUGUGACGCUUGGCAUUCAGGCCAAAGAGUUCAAUCUUGGUUUCAUCAGACCAGAGAAUCUUGUUUCUCAUGGUCUGAGAGUCCUUUAGGUGCCUUUUGGCAAACUCCAAGCGGGCUGUCAUGUGCCUUUUACUGAGGAGUGGCUUCCAUCUGGCCACUCUACCAUAAAGGCCUGAUUGGUGGAGUGCUGCAGAGAUAGUUGGCAUUCUGGAAGGUUCUCCCAUCUCCACAGAGGAACUCUGGAGCUCUGUCAGAGUGACCAUCAGGUUCUUGGUCACCUCCCUGACCAAGGCCCUUCUCCCCCGAUUGCUCAGUUUGGCCGGGCAGCCAGCUCUAGGAAGAGUCUUGGUGGUUCCAAACUUCUUCCAUUUAAGAAUGAUGGAGGCCACUGUGUUCUUGGGGACCUUCAAUGCAGCAGACAUUUUUUGGUACCCUUCCCCAGAUCUGUGCCUCAACACAAUCCUGUCUCGGAGCUCUACGGACAAUUCCUUCGACCUCAUGGCUUGGUUUUUGCUCUGACAUGCACUGUCAACUGUGGGACCCUAUAUAGACAGGUGUUUGCCUUUCCAAAUCAUGUCCAAUCAAUUGAAUUUACCACAGGUGGACUCCAAUCAAGUUGUAGAAACAUCUCAAAAAUGAUCAAUGGAAACAGGAUGCACAUGAGCUCAAUUUUGAGUCUCGUAGCAAAGGGUCUGAAUACUAAUGUAAAUAAGGUAUUUCUGUUUUUUAUUUUUAAUACAUUUGCAAAAAUGUCUAAAAAUCUGUUGUUGCUUUGUCAUUAUGGGGUAUUGUCUGUAGAUUGACGAUUAUUAUUAUUUUUGUAAUCCAUUUUUUGAAAAAGGCUGUAACAUAACAAAAUGUGGAAAAAGUGAAGGGGUCUGAAUGCUUUCCGAAUGCACUGUACAUUAAGAUUCAUGUACACAACAAACAAAAUAUCUAUCGAUUUGUUUAUCUGCACACAGUAUUAUGGUGCCCUAUUGAGGUGACAGUCAUAUAAUAUAUACUAUAAUGGGGUGACAGUCAUAACUAUAAUGGGGUGACAGUCAUAACUAUAAUGGGGUGACAGUCAUAACUAUAAUGGGGUGACAGUCAUAACUAUAAUGGGGUGACAGUCAUAACUAUAAUGGGGUGACAGUCAUAACUAUAAUGAGGUGACAGUCAUAACUAUAAUGAGGUGACAGUCAUAACUAUAAUGAGGUGACAGUCAUAACUAUAAUGAGGUGACAGUCAUAAUUAUAAUGGGGUGACAGUCAUAAUUAUAAUGGGGUGACAGUCAUAAUUAUAAUGGGGUGACAGUCAUAACUAUAAUGGGGUGACAGUCAUAACUAUAAUGAGGUGACAGUCAUAACUAUAAUGAGGUGACAGUCAUAACUAUAAUGAGGUGACAGCCAUAACUAUAAUGGGGUGACAGUCAUAACUAUAAUGGGGUGACAGUCAUAACUAUAAUGAGUGCUCUCCUCCUCUCUCCUCUCUCUCCUCAUCUCUUCCUCUCCUCUCUCCUCCUCUCUCCUCCUCUCUCCUCUCCUCUCCCCUCUCUCUCCUCAUCUUCCCUCCUCCUCUCCCCUCCUCUCUCCUCAUCUCUUCCUCUCCUCUCUCCUCCUCUCCUCUCCUCUCUCCUCAUCUCUUCCUCUCCUCUCUCCUCCUCUCCCCUCUCUCUCCUCCUCUCCUCUCCUCUCUCCCCUCCUCUUCCAGUUCCAUUACCCAUUGAAACAGUUGGAAUACUCAGCUCCCAUCUAUCUGCAGAGAGGCUCGCAUCACAUCGACUCUGCCCCCAAUCUCAGACGUAAGUCUUCUGUAUUCAGUAUAUUCACUUCUGUUGUCCUGCUUUGCCCUGGGUUAGGGUUGGGGGUUCGGGUUGGGGGUUAGGGGUUGGGGGUUAGGGUUGGGGGUUGGGGGUUAGGGGUUGGGGGUUAAGGUUAAGGUUAGGGUCUCUUCAGAAUGAGGAACAUAUUCAGCAACUCUUAGAAAACAAUAAAAGUGGACUUCAAAAUAUUGCUUCUUUAUUGCUAAGACCAGUUGUGUGUUGUGUUGUCCUACAGUGCAGCUUUAUGACCAGUUGUGUGUUGUGUUGUCCCACAGUGCAGCUCUGUGACCAGUGGUGUGUUGUGUUGUCCCCCCCCCCAAAUUGUAAAGUGGUUAUCCCACUGGCUAUAGGGUGAACGCACCAAUUUGUGAGUCGCUCUGGCUAAGAGCGUCUGCUAAAUGACGUUAAUGUGCCCUUGAGCAAGGCACUUAACCCUAAUUGCUCCUGUAAGUCGCUCUGGUUAAGAGCGUCUGCUAAAUGACUAAAAUGUAAAUGUAAAUGUAAAUGUCCCACAGUGCAGCUCUAUGACCAGUUGUGUGUUGUGUUGUCCCACAGUGCAGCUCUGUGACCAGUUGUGUGUUGUGUUGUCCCACAGUGCAGCUUUAUGACCAGUUGUGUGUUGUGUUGUCCCACAGUGCAGCUUUAUGACCAGUUGUGUGUUGUGUUGUCCCACAGUGCAGCUCGGUGACCAGUUGUGUGUUGUGUUGUGUUGUCCCACAGUGCAGCUUUAUGACCAGUUGUGUGUUGUGUUGUGUUGUCCCACAGUGCAGCUUUAUGACCAGUUGUGUGUUGUGUUGUGUUGUCCCCAAGUGGUCAGCUUUAUGACCGAGUUUGUGUUUGUUGUGGUGUGUUGUCCCCACAGUGCAGCUCUGUGACCAGUUGGGUGGUUGUGUUGUCCCACAGUGCAGCUUUAAUGACGCAGUUGUGUGUUGUGUUGUGGUUGUCCCCACCAGUUGCAGCUUUAAUGACCAGUUGUGUGUUGUGGUUGUCCCACAGUGGCAGCCUUUAUACCAGGUUUGUGUGUUUGUGUUGUCCCACAGUGCAGCUUAUGACCAGUUGUGUGUUGUGUUUGUCCCACAGUGCAAGCUCUAUGACCAGUUGUGUGUUGUGUUGUGUUGUCCCCACAGUGCAGCUUUAAUGCCAGUUGUUUGUUGUGUUGUCCACAGUGCAGCUUUAUGAGCCCAGUUUGUGUGUUGUGUUGUGUUUGUCCCCACAAGUGGCAAGCUUUAUGACCAGUGUUGUGGUUGUGUUGGUGUUGUCGUCCACACAGUGCAGCUUUAUGACCAGUUGUGUGUUGUGUUGUGUUGUCCCACAGUGCAGCUUUAUGACCAGUUGUGUGUUGUGUUGUGUUGUCCCACAGUGCAGCUUUAUGACCAGUUGUGUGUUGUGUUUGUCCCACAGUGCAGCUCUAUGACCAGUUGUGUGUUGUGUUGUGUUGUCCCACAGUGCAGCUUUAUGACCAGUUGUGUGUUGUGUUGUCCCACAGUGCAGCUUUAUGGCCAGUUGUGUGUUGUGUUGUCCCACAGUGCAGCUUUAUGACCAGUUGUGUGUUGUGUUGUGUUGUCCCACAGUGCAGCUCUAUGACCAGUUGUGUGUUGUGUUGUCCCACAGUGCAGCUCUGUGACCAGUUGUGUGUUGUGUUGUCCCACAGUGCAGCUUUAUGACCAGUGUGUGUGUUUGUGUGUUGUCCCACAGUGCAGCUCUGUGACCAGUUGUGUGUUGUGUUGUCCCACAGUGCAGCUUUAUGACCAGUGUGUGUUGUGUUGUGUUGUCCCACAGUGCAGCUUUAUGACCAGUUGUGUUUGUGUUGGUUUUUCCCCCGUGCAGCUCUUUACCAUUUGUGUUUUUGUCCCACAGGCAGCUUUUUUGACCAGUGGUGUUUUUUUGUGUUGUCCCACAGUGCAGCUCUGUGACCAGUUGUGUUUGUGUUGUCCCAUGCCUUUAUACCUUUUGGGGUUUGGUUUUUGUGUUUUUUUCCCCAGUCGCUUUGCCAGUUUUUGGGGUUGUGUUUUCCCCAGUGCCUUUAAAUACCAGUUGUGUGUUUGGGUUUUUCCCCCCAUGCAAUUUAUGCCCUUUUUUUGUUGUUUUGUCCCCACGUGCACUCGUACCAUUGUGUGUUGUGUUGUCCCACGGCACUCUUGACCAUUUUUUGGGUUGUUUUCCACAGGCAGCUUUUUGACCAGUUUGUGUUGUUUUGUGUUGUCCCACUGCGCUAUGUGACCAUUUUUUGUGUUGUGUUGUCCCAAGUGCCGCUUUUUAUGACCAGUUGGGGGUUUUUUGUUGUUCCCCAGUGCAACUUUAAAACCAGUUUUUGGUUGUGUUGUCCCCCCCAGUGCAGCUCGUGACCAGUUGUGUGUUUUUUUUGUCCCACGGCAGCUCUGGACCAUUGUGUUUGUGUUUUCCCACAUGCAACUUUAAAAGGCCCUUGUGUGUUGUGUUUCCCCCAAUGCGCUUUAUGACCAUUGUGUGUUGUGUUUUUUUUUGUCCCACGUGCAAACUUUAUGACCCUUUUUUUGUUUUGGUUUUUUGUUUUGUCCCACAGGCAGCUUUUUUGCCAGUGUGGUUGUGUUUGUUUUCCCCAUGCAGCUUGUACCAGUUUUUUUGUUUGUUUUGUCCCACGUGCAGCUUAUACCAGUUUGUGUUUUGUUUUUGUUGUCCCACAUGCAGCUUGUGACCAGUUUUUUUGUUUGUCCCAUGGGGAGCUUUAGACCAGUUUGUGGGUUUUGUUUGUUUUUCCCACAGGGGGCUUUUGUGCCAGUUUUUUUGUGUUUUUUGGUCCCCCCAGUGCAGCUCUUACCAGUUGUGUUUUUUUGUCCCCAGUGCACCUAUGACCUUGUUUGUUGUGUUGUGUUGCCCCAAAAUGCAACUUUAUGCCAGUUUUUUGGUUUUUUUGUCCAAUGCAGCUUAUGGCCAGUUUUUUGUGUUGUGUUUUUUUGUCCCACAGUGCCUUUUUGUGACCAUUUGUUUUUGGUUUUCCCACGGCACUCUAUGACCAGUUUGUGUUGUGUUGUCCCACUGCAGCUUUAGACCCGUUGUGGUUUUUUUGUCCCAAUGCAGCUUUUACCAGUUGUUGUUUGUUUUGCCCCCCUGCAGCUUUAGCCCUUGGUGUUUUUGUUGUCCCACAGUGCACUCUGUACCAUUGUGGGGGUUGUGUUUUUCCCCCAUGGGGGCUCUAUGACCAUUUGUGUUUUUUUUGUUUUGUCCCAAUCAGCUUUAUGCCAUUUUGGGUUUUGUUGUCCCCAGUGCAUCAUUACCAUUUUUUUGUUUGUUUUCCCACAGUCGCUUUGACCAUUUGUGUUUUGUGUUUCCCACAGUGCAACUUUUGACCAUUUGUGUUUGUGUUGUCCCACAUGCACUUUAUACCAGUUUUUGUGUUGUGUUGUCCCACAGGGCAGCCUGUACCUUUGGUUUUUUUGGUUUUUUCCCACAUGCAGCUCUAUGGCCAUUUGUUUGUGUUGUUUUGUCCCACAUGCAGCUUUAUGACCAUUGUGGUUUUUUGUUGUCCCCCCCGUGCAGCCUAACCAGUUUUUGUUUGUUGUCCCACAGUGCGCUUUAGACCAGUUUUGUGUUGUUUUUGUCCCACAUGCAGCUCGGGACCGUUGUGGUUUGUUUUGUUGUCCCACAGUGCAGCUUUUUGACCCUUUUUUGUGUUUUGUUUCCCAAAUCCCUUUAUACCAUUUUUUUUGUGGGGGGUUUUUCCCCAGUGCAGCUUAUACCUUGUGUGUUGUGUUUUCCCACAGUGCGCUUUAAACCUUUGUUGUUUUGGUUUUUCCCCCCAGUGCAGCCCUAUACCAGUUGUGUGGUUUUUUUUGGUUUUCCCCCCAUCGCUUUAAAAGGCCAUUUUUUUGGGUGUGUUGUGUUUUCCCCCCCAUGCAGCUUUAAAAGACCGUUGUGUGUUUUUUUGUUUUUUUUGUCCCCAUGCAGCUUUAUGACCAGUUUGUGUUUUGUUUUGUGUUGUCCCACAGUGCAGCUUUAGACCAUUUUGUGUUUUUGGUUGUUUUUCCCACAGUGCGCUUUUUUACCGUUGUGGGGUUUUUUUGUCCCACAUGCGCUUUAUGACCAUUUGUGUGUUUUUGUUUUUUCCCACAGUGCAGCUCUAUGACCAUUUUUUGUUGUGUUGUGUUUUUGUCCCACAGUGCAGCUUUAUGACCAUUUUUGGUUUUGGUUUUUUCCCCCAUGCACUUUUUGGCCAUUUUUUUGUUGUUGGUCCCACAGUCAGCUUUUUGACCAUUGUGUGUUGUGUUUUGUUUCCCACAGUGCAGCUCUAUACCCGUUGUGUUUGUGUUGUCCCACAGUGCAGCUCUGUGACCAUUGUGUGUUGUGUUGUCCCCACAUCACUUUAUGACCAGGGUGUUGUUUGUUUUGUCCCCCAUGCAGCUCUGUGACCAGGGUUUUUGGUUUUUUGUUGCCCACAUGCACUUUUUACCUGUUGUUGUGUUGUUGUCCCACAUGCAACUUUAUACCAGUGUGUUUGUUUGUUUGUCCCACAGUGCAGCUCUGUGACCAUUUUUUGUGUUUUUUUUCCCCAUGCGCUUUAUGACCCUGGUGUUGUUUGUGUUGCCCCGUGAGCCUGUACCGUUGUUGUUUUUUUGUCCCACAGUUGCAGCUUUAUGACCAGUUUUUUGUUUGUGUUUUUUUGUCCCCCCCUGCAGCUUGGACCAUUUUUUGUGUUGUGUUUUUUCCCCAUUCAGCUUAUGACCAGUUUGUGUGUUUGUUUGUCCCACAUGCAACUUAUGACCAUUUUGUUGUUGUGUUGUCCCCUGCAAACUCGUGACCAUUUUUGUGUUUUGGGUUUGUCCCCCCGUGCACUCUGUGACCAUUGUGUGUUGUGUUUCCCACAGUGGGAGCUUUAUGACCUUUUUUGUGUUUGGGGUUUUGUUUGUCCCACAUGCAGCUAUGUGACCGUGUGUGUUUGGUUUUUUUCCCACAGUGCAGCUUUAUACCUUGUGUGUUGUGUUUCCCCCCAGUGCAACUUUAUGACCAGUUGUGUGUUGUUUGCCCCCCGUAGCCUGGACCAUUUGUGGGUUUUUGUUUUCCCAAGGCGCUCUGUGCCCCUUUUUUGUGUUUGUUUUUUCCCCGUGCAAAUUUUUUGGGCCUUUGUGGGUUUUGUUUCCCCAAUGCACUUUAUACCAUUGGUGUUGUGUUUUUUUUCCCACUGCACUUUAGCCCCUUGUGUGUUGUUUUGUUGUCCCACAGUACUUUUACCAGUGUGUUUUUUUGUGUUUUCCCAAGUGGCACCUGUGACCGUUGUGUGUUGUGUUUUUCCCCCAGUGGGACUUUAGAAAACCCGUUGUGGUUGUGUUGUGUUUUUUCCCCAUGCAGCUCUGUGACCGUUGGUGGGGUUUUGGGUUUUUUCCCCAUGCGCUUUAUACCGUUUUGGGGUUUUGUUUUUGUUUGCCCACAGGCGCUUGUGACCAUUGUGUGUUUUUUUGUUGCCCCCAAAAAGUGCAGCUCUGUGACCAUUUUGUGUUUGUUUUCCCACAGUGCACCUAUGACCAGUUUUUGUGUUUGUUUGUGUUGUCCCACAGUGCGCUUUAUGAACCAGUUGGGGGUUUGGGUUUUUUCCCAAGUGCGCUUUUUUUGGGCCCGUUUUUUUUUGUUGUGUUUUGUUUUCCCACAGUGCAGCUCUGUGACCAUUUGUGGUUGUUUGUCCCACAGUGCACCUAUGAACCAUUUGUGUUGUGUUUCCCCAGUGCAGCUUUUUUGACCAUUUGGUUUUGUUGUCCCACAGUGACUUUUUGACCAGUUUUUGGUUUGUUUUGUCCCCUGCAGCUUUUUUUACCAUUUGUGUUUUUGUGUUUUCCCACAGUGCAGCUCUUGACCCGGGGUUUUGUGUUGUUUUUUCCCCCCAGUCAGCCUAUGACCAGUUGUGUGUUGUGUGGUUUCCCCAGUGCAGCUUUAUGACCCUUGUGGUUGUGGUUGUCCCCCCACACUCUAUGACCCCUUUGUGUUGUGUUUCCCACAGUGCGCUUUAUGACCCUUUUUUUUGGUUGUUUUUCCCCCCCUGCAGCUUUUGACCGUUGUGUUUUUGUUUUUCCCCCCCAGUCACUUUAUACCAGGUUUUUGUUUGUUUUUUUCCCCAGUGCAGCUCUGUGACCAGUUUUUUGUGUUUUUUUUUUCCCCAUGCAGCUCUAACCAGUUGUUUGUUGUUUUUUUUUGUCCCCCCAGGCGCUUUAUGACCUUGUGUGUUUUUGGGUUUCCCCACAUGCACCUAGACCCUUGUGGGGUUUUUGGUUUUUCCCCCCGUGCGUUUAUGACCAGUUUUUGUUUUGUUUGUCCCCCAGUGCACUCGGGAAACCAUUUGUGUUUUGUGUUUUUUGGUUUCCCCCUGCAGCUUUUUGACCAUUUGUGUUUUUUGUUGUCCCCCCGUGCAGCUUUAAAGCCAUUUGUGUUGUGUUUUCCCCCCAUGCAGCUUUAUACCAUUUUGUGUUUUUUUUUGCCCACGUGCAGCUUUAGACCAGUUUUGUUUGUGUUGGGGCCCCCCCAGUGCAGCUCGUGACCCCUUUUUUGUUUUGUUUUGUUUUUCCCCACAUCGCUCUAUACCAUUUUUUGUUUGUGUUGUGUUGUCCCACGUGCAGCUUUAUGACCUUGUGUUUUUGUUGUGUUUUUUCCCCCCGUAAAACUUUAUUACCAGUUUGGGGUUUUUUGGGUUUUUUUUCCCACAGUGCCUUUGGGACCAUUUGUGUGUUUUGUUUCCCAAUGCGCUUAUGACCAGUUUUGUGGUUGUGUUUUUCCCACAUUUUCACUCUAUGACCAUUGUGUGUUGUGUUGUCCCCCCGUGCCUCUGUACCAGUUUGGGGGUUUUGUGUUUUUCCCACAGUGAGCUCUAUCCCUUGUGUUUGUUUGUGUUUUCCCACAAUGCAGCUUUUUUGACCAGUUUUUGUGUUGUGUUGUGUUGUCCCCCCAGUGCCUCUGGACCAUUUGUUUUUUUGUCCCCAGUGCGCUUUUAUGCCCCUUGUGUUUUUUUUUGUCCCCCCGUGAGCUCUGUACCAGUUUUUGUGUUUGUGUUGUCCCACAUGCAGCUUAUGACCAGUUUUUGUUUGUGUUUUUUGUUGUCCCACAUGCAGCUUUUUUACCAGUUUUGUGUUGUUUUGUGUUUUUCCCACAUGCAGCUUUAUGACAGUGUGGGUUGUGUUUGUUGUCCCACGUGCAGCUCUUGACCAGUUGUUGUUUUUUUUCCCACAGUGCAGCUUUAGCCAUUGUGUGUUUUUUGUCCCCCCGUGCAGCUCUGUGACCGUUUUUUUGUUGGGUUUUCCCACAGUGGCAGCCUAUUUACCGUUUUUUUGUUUUUGUGUUGUCCCCACGUGCAGCUCAUGCCAUUGGGGUGUUUUUGUUGUCCCACGUGCAGCUCUAUGACCAUUUGUUUUGGGUUUUUCCCCCCAGUGCACUCUAUGACCAUUUUUUGUUGUGUUGUUUUUUCCCCCCAUGCCUUUAUACCAUUUUUUGUUUGUUUUUCCCACAUGCGCUUUUGACCAGUGUGGGUUUGGUUGUGUUGUCCCCCUGCAGCUCUGUGACCAGUUGUGUGUUGUGUUUUUCCCCCCAGUGCAGCUCUAGACCAGUUUGUGUUUUUUUUCCCCAGUGCGCUCUGUGACCAUUUUGUGUUUGUUUGUCCCACGUGCAGCUUCUAUGACCAGUUGUGGUUUUUUUUCCCCAGUGCACUCUGCCAUUGUGUGGUUGGUUUUUCCCCCCAGUGCAGCCUAUGACCAUUUUGGGGUUUUUGUUUGUCCCACAGUGCACCUAUACCUUUGUGUGUUGUGUUUUUUCCCCAGUGCCUUUUUAUGACCCCUUGUGUGUUGUGUUGUGUUGUCCCCAGUGCAGCUUUAUACCAGUUGUGUGUUGGGUUUUUUGUUUUUCCCCCCUGCAGCUCUUGACCCGUUGGGGUUUUUUGUUUGUCCCACAGUGCAGCUCUGUGACCAGUUGUGUGUUUUUUCCCCCCUGCACUUUUACCCGUUGUGUGUUUGUGUUUCCCCCCGUCACUCUGUGACCAGUUUGUGUUUUGUUUGUCCCACGUGCAGCUUAUGAACCCUUGUUGUUUUGUUUUUUUUGUCCCAAUGCGCUUUACCAGUUUUUUGUGUUGUGUUUUUUUUGGUUGUCCCACAGGGGGCCCUUUAUACCCUUGUGUGUUUUUUUUUGUGUUUCCCAAAUCAGCUUUUUAAACCAUUGUGUGUUGUUUGUCCCCCAGUGCACUUUAUGACCAGUUGUGUGUUGUGUUGUCCCCAGUGCAGCUUAUACCAGUGGGGUGUUUGUUGUUUGUCCCACAGUGCAGCUCUAUACCUUGUUGUUGUGUUGUGUUUUUUCCCCGGCAGCUUUAUGACCGUUGUGUGUUUUUGUUUUCCCACAUGCAGCUUUAUGACCAUUUGGUUGUGUUUUUGUUGUCCCACAGUGCCGCUCUGUGACCAUUGUGUGUUUGUUUUUCCCACAUGCAGCUCUAUACCAUUUUUUGUGUUGGUUUGUCCCACAGUGCACUCGUGACCAUUGUGUGUUGUGUUUUUGUCCCCAGUGGGGAGCUUUUAUGACCAGUGUGUUUUUUUUUUGGGCCCACAUGCAUCCCCUUACCAUUUUUUGUGUUGUUUGUGUUGUCCCACGUGCAGCUUUUGCCAUGUUGUUGUGUUUGUUUUUUCCCACAGUGCGCUCUGUCCAGUUGGGGUUUUGUUUUCCCCCCCAGUGCAGCUUUAAAAAGACCAGUUGUGUGUUUUUUUGUUGGUUUGUCCCCCAGUGCCUCUAGACCGUUGUGUGUUGUUUUUGUGUUUUUUCCCCCCAGGCAGCUUUAUGACCAGUUGUUUGUUUUGCCCCCUGCCGCUCUUACCAGUUUUGUUGUUUGUGUUGUUUUUGUCCCCCCGUGCGCUUUUUGGCCGUUUGGGGUGUUUUGUUUUGCCCCCUCCUUUUGCCCUUGUGUGUUUUGUGUUUCCCACCGUGCAGCUUUAUGCCAGUUGUGUGUUUUUUUGUUUGUCCCCCCUCCUUUUUGGGCCGUUUUUUUUUUGUUUUCCCCGUGCACUCUGUACCCCUUUUUUUUGUUGUGUUGUCCCCCAGGCAGUUUUGACCAGUUGUGGUUGUUUGUCCCACGUGCACUUUAUGACCGUUGUGGUUGUGUUGUUUGGGGCCCCCACAUGCACUUUAGACCCGUUGUGUUUGGUUUUUUUCCCACAGUGCGCUUAUGACAGUUGUGUGUUUUGUUUUUUGUCCCACGUGCAGCUUUAUGACCUUGGUGUUGUUUGGUUUGUUGUCCCACGUGCAGCUUUAUCCAGUUUUUGGGUUUUGGUUUGUCCCCCAUGCAUUUAUGGGCCCUUUUUUUGUUUGUGUCCCAGGAGCUUUAUGACCAGUUUGUGGUUUGUGUUGUGUUGUCCCACAGUUGCAGCUUUAUGACCAGUUGUGUGUUGUGUUGUGUUGUCCCACAGUGCAGCUUUAUGACCAGUUGUGUGUUGUGUUGUGUUGUCCCACAGUGCAGCUCUAUGACUGUUCUGUGGGCCAGUCUGACUGUAGUCAGUGCAGAGCGGUGCCGUCAGAGUACGGCUGUGUCUGGUGUGGAGGAGAGUCCCCCGGCUGUGUCUACAACCUCUCCUGUACCAGCUCACCUGGGCCGGCCGACACCUGCCCCCCGCCUCAGAUCACACAGGUAGGGUACUUACACUACCAGUCAAAAGGCUGGACACAUUCAAGGGUUUUUCUUUAUUUUUCUACAUUGUAGAAUAAUAGUGAAGACAUCAAAACUAUGAAAUAACACAUAUGGAAUCAUGUAGUAACCAAAAAAAGUGUCAAACAAAUCAAAAUAUAUUUUAUAUUUGAGAUUCUUCAAAUAGCCACCCUUUGCCUUGAUGACAGCUUUGCACUCUCUUGGAAUUCUCUCAACCAGCUUGACCUGGAAUGCUUUUUCCAACAGUAUUGAAGGAGUUCACACAUAUGCUGAGCACUUGUUGGCUGUUUUUCCUUCACUCUGCGGUCCAACUCAUCCCAAACCAUCUCAAUUGGGUUGAGGUCAGGUGAUUGUGGAGGCCAGGUCAUCUGAUGCAGCACUCCAUCACUCUCCUUCUUGGUAAAAUAGCCCUUACACAGUCUGGAGGUGUGUUGGGUCAUUGUCCUGUUGAAAAACAAAUGAUAGUCCCACUAAGCCCAAACCAGAUGGGAUGGUGUAUCGCUGCAGAAUGCUGUGGUAGCCAUGCUGGUUAAGUGUGCCUUGAAUUCUAAAUAAAUCACUGACAGUGUCACCAGCAAAGCACCCCCACACCAUCACACCUCCUCCUCCAUGCUUCACGGUGAGAACCACACAUGCGGAGAUCAUCUGUUCACCUACUCUGCGUCUCACAAAGACACAGCGGUUGGAACCAAAAAUCUCUAAUUUGGACUCAUCAGACCAAAGGACAGAUUUCCACGGGUCUAAUGUCCAUUGCUCGUGUUUCUUGACCCAAGCAAGUCUCUUCUUGUUAUUGGUGUCCUUUAGUAGUGGUUUCUUUGCAGCAAUUCAACCAUGAAGGCCUGAUUCAAGCAGGCUCCUCUGAACAGUUGAUGUUGAGAUGUGUCUGUUACUUGAACUCUGUGAAGCAUUUAUUUGGCCUGCAAUUUCUGAGGCUGGUAACUCUAAUGAACUUAUCCUCUGCAGCAGAGGUAACUCUGGGUCUUCCUUUCCUGUGGCGGUCCUCAUGAGAGCCAGUUUCAUCAUAGCGCUUGAUGGUUUUUGCGACUGCACUUAAAGAAACUUUCAAAGUUCUUGAUAUUUUCCGGAUUGACUGACCUUUGUGUCUUAAAGUAAUGAUGGACUGUAAUUUCUCUUUGCCUAUUUGAGCUGUUCUUGCCAUAAUAUGGACUUGGUCUUUUACCAAAUAGGGCUAUCUUCUGUAUACCCCCCCUACCUUGUCACAACACAACUGAUUGGCUCAAACGCAUUAAGAAGGAAAGAAAUUCCACAAACUUUUAACAAGGCACACCUGUUAAUUGAAAUGCAUUCCAGGUGACUACCCCAUGAAGCUGGUUGAGAGAAUGCCAAGAGUGUGCAAAGCUGUCAUCAUGGCAAAGGGUGGCUACUUUGAAGAAUCUCAAAUAUAAAAUAUAUUUUGAUUUGUUUGACACUUUUUUUGGUUACUACAUGAUUCCAUAUGUGUUAGGAUGGGUUGUUAAUAUGAUGUGACUCGGAUGGGUUGUUAAUAUGAUGGGUUGUUAAUAUGAUGUGACUAUAGGAUGGGUUGUUAAUAUGAUGUGGCUAUAGGAUGGGUUGUUAAUAUGAUGUGGCUAUAGGAUGGGUUGUUAAUAUGAUGUGACUAUAGGAUGGGUUGUUAAUAUGAUGUGGCUAUAGGAUGGGUUGUUAAUAUGAUGUGGCUAUAGGAUGGGUUGUUAAUAUGAUGUGGCUAUAGGAUGGGUUGGUUAAUAUGAUGUGGCUAUAGGAUGGGGUUGUUAAUAUGAUGUGGCUAUAGAAUGGGUUGUUAAUAUGAUGUGACUAUAGGAUGGGUUGUUAAUAUGAUGUGGCUAUAGGAUGGGUUGUUAAUAUGAUGGGUUGUUAAUAUGAUGGGUUGUUAAUAUGAUGUGGCUAUAGGAUGGGUUGUUAAUAUGAUGUGGCUAUAGGAUGGGUUGUUAAUAUGAUGUGGCUAUAGGAUGGGUUGUUAAUAUGAUGGGUUGUUAAUAUGAUGUGACUAUAGGAUGGGUUGUUAAUAUGAUGUGGCUAUAGGAUGGGUUGUUAAUAUGAUGUGACUAUAGGAUGGGUUGUUAAUAUGAUGUGACUAUAGGAUGGGGUUGUGUAAUAUGAUGUGGCUAUAGGAUGGGUUGUUAAUAUGACUGUGGCUAUAGGAUGGGUUGUUAAUAUGAUGUUGACUAUAGGAUGGGUUGUUAAUAUGAUGUGGCUAUAGGAUGGUUGUAAUAGGAUGGGGUUGUAAUAUGAUGUGACUAUAGGAUGGGUUGUUUAAUAUGAUGUGGCUAUAGGAUGGGUUGUUAAUAUGAUGGUUUGUUAAUAUGAUGUGACUAUAGGAUGGGUUGUUAAUAUGAUGUGGCUAUAGGAUGGGGUUGUUAAUAUGAUGUGACUCGGAUGGGUUGUUAAUAUGAUGUGGCUAUAGGAUGGGUUGUUAAUAUGAUGUGACUAUAGGAUGGGUUGUUAAUAUGAUGGGUUGUUAAUAUGAUGUGGCUAUAGGAUGGGUUGUUAAUAUGAUGUGACUGUAGGAUGGGUUGUUAAUAUGAUGGGUUGUUAAUAUGAUGUGGCUAUAGGAUGGGUUGUUAAUAUGAUGGGUUGUUAAUAUGAUGUGGCUAUAGGAUGGGUUGUUAAUAUGAUGUUACUAUAGGAUGGGUUGUUAAUAUGAUGUUACUAUAGGAUGGGUUGUUAAUAUGAUGUGGCUAUAGAAUGGGUUGUUAAUAUUAUGAUGGGUUGUUAAUAUGAUGUGGCUAUAGGAUGGGUUGUUAAUAUGAUGUUACUAUAGGAUGGGUUGUUAAUAUGAUGUUACUAUAGGAUGGGUUGUUAAUAUGAUGUGGCUAUAGGAUGGGUUGUUAAUAUGAUGGGUUGUUAAUAUGAUGUGACUAUAGGAUGGGUUGUUAAUAUGAUGGGUUGUUAAUAUGAUGUGACUAUAGGAUGGGUUGUUAAUAUAAUGUGGCUAUAGAAUGGGUUGUUAAUAUGAUGUGGCUAUAGGAUGGGUUGUUAAUAUGAUGUGGCUAUAGGAUGGGUUGUUAAUAUUAUGGGUUGUUAAUAUGAUGUGACUAUAGGAUGGGUUGUUAAUAUGAUUUGGCUAUAGGAUGGGUUGUUAAUAUGAUGUGGCUAUAGGAUGGGUUGUUAAUAUGAUGUGACUAUAGGAUGGGUUGUUAAUAUGAUGGGUUGUUAAUAUUAUGUGGCUAUAGGAGGGGUUGUUAAUAUGAUGUGACUAUAGGAUUGGUUGUUAAUAUGAUGUGGCUAUAGGAUGGGUUGUUAAUAUGAUGGGUUGUUAAUAUGAUGUGGCUAUAGGAUGGGUUGUUAAUAUGAUGGGUUGUUAAUAUGAUGGGUUGUUAAUAUGAUGGGUUGUUAAUAUGAUGUGGCUAUAGGAUGGGUUGUUAAUAUGAUGGGUUGUUAAUAUGAUGUGGCUAUAGGAUGGGUUGUUAAUAUGAUGUGACUAUAGGAUGGGUUGUUAAUAUGAUGGGUUGUUAAUAUGAUGUGGCUAUAGGAUGGGUUGUUAAUAUGAUGUGACUAUAGGAUGGGUUGUUAAUAUGAUGGGUUGUUAAUAUGAUGUGGCUAUAGGAUGGGUUGUUAAUAUGAUGGGUUGUUAAUAUGAUGUGGCUAUAGGAUGGGUUGUUAAUAUGAUGUGGCUAUAGGAUGGGUUGUUAAUAUGAUGUGGCUAUAGGAUGGGUUGUUAAUAUGAUGUGGCUAUAGGAUGGGUUGUUAAUAUGAUGUGGCUAUAGGAUGGGUUGUUAAUAUGAUGUGGCUAUAGGAUGGGUUGCCUAUGAUUUCAAUGGCAUAUGAGGAAGUCUUUAUAAAAGAAUUGCGUCCAUGUUUCUAUGGUGGGAUUUAGGCUCUACUUUGAAGGUAAGACACGCCUUAUACUAUGAAGUAAAAUGUUAAGGUUUCACACAAUGAAGUAUUGGUCUAUGUUUUUCAUAUUGGCUCCAACAGCUCACAUUGCAAAGUGGUGGGUGACUGACAUUCUGAUGGCCUGCCUACCGUUGGAUUUGAAUGGGAAUGGGAGGUGUGCUUCAAUUACCAGUUGAUAAAUAAAAAUAGUAGCUUUUUUUUAGUCGUGGCCAUCAAAACAGUUUUUAACACGUGAUUGUUUUUAAUACGUUUGUAAUUGUUGUGCAAUGAAUAGGGCUUGUAAAAGCACGUUUCACUCCAGCAGCAAAGAGCUGUUUAGGGGCUGCUCUCGCACUGUUUGUAUGCUGGAGCUCUGAAUGCCGGAGCUCUGAAUGCCGGAGCUCUGUAUGCUGGAGCUCUGAAUGCUGGAGCUCUGAAUGCCGGAGCUCUGUAUGCUGGAGCUCUGAAUGCUGGAGCUCUGAAUGCCGGAGCUCUGAAUGCUGGAGCUCUGUAUGCUGGAGCUCUGUAUGCUGGAGCUCUGAAUGCCGGAGCUCUGAAUGCUGGAGCUCUGAAUGCUGGAGCUCUGAAUGCCGGAGCUCUGUAUGCUGGAGCUCUGUAUGCUGGACAAUUUGGCCGUCAACCAGAUUUUUUUAUCGGCUUUCCAUGAUUUUCUAUCCGCCAAAAGCCGGCAAUUACCAGAUAACGGAAACCCUGAUGCACAGGGACCCACACACUUCUGUUAACACCUUUUUAUGUUGUGAAGCAUUGUGGGUGCUCUGGGCUGUUCUCAGGUCCACUGUGUGCUGCUCUCCACAACUUUUAAUCAAGCUUUUAACAGAUGGUUCAGAAAGGGUUAUUCAUUUAUUGUCCUGCUCCCAUUAGGGCUGGGCAAUAUAUCAAAUUAAUUCGAUUCAUUUGAAUGUAUGUUUUUGCGCGAUAUUCCAAAUGUCUGUAUCGCAGAAUCACAUUUUUUUUUUUUUUUCAUUUUUCUGAGCGUUUAUGUCUGCUUGUUCUCAUGUUGUCUUUAUGGUCUCAUCUCCUUCGCUCCUCUGUGCUGUGCUCCUUGCCAUUUACACCAGAGAUCUGUAUAUAAUGAAGAGAUGCUCCUUCCCAUUUACACCAGAGAUCUGUAUAUAAUGAAGAGAUGCACCUUCCCAUUUACACCAGAGAUCUGAAUAUAAUGAAGAGAUGCUCCUUCCCAUUUACACCAGAGAUCUGAAUAUAAUGGUUCAAAAUAAGGUUCAAAAUAAGACCAUAGAAACUCAUUGGGCUUAUUUUGGACAGAUUUGAGCGACAGUGGAACCUCUCGCUUCACCUCUUUCUCCCAAGCCCCUCCCCCUGCCACUCACAACAACAAAGAUGAAAGAUCACUUCUUCCUUUCUGACAACAAGCAGGUUCAAGUCACUAUGAGCAUUUGAGGUUUGGUCCAACAGAAUCGGUCAUAUGGACACUGACAUUAUUUUACUGGAGUAGAUGAGAAGGUAACCUUUCGAACCAUUCCCUGUUUAUGUUUCAACUCCUCACAUUUCGAGCAGAGCAGACACUACUAAAACGGAUGUACCAAUAAUGAACAUUCAUUCUGGAAAAUGUAUGCUCAGUUUAGAACUUUUUGGUAAAAACUCAACUCGUCGUGUUUGGAGGACAAAGAAUGCUGAGUUGCAUCCAAAGAACACCAUAUCUACUGUGAAGCAUGGGGGUGGAAACAUCAUGCUUUGGGGCUGUUUUUCUGCAAAGGGACCAGGACGACUGAUCCGUGUAAAGGAAAGAAUGAAUGGGGCCAUGUAUCGUGAGAUUUUGAGUGAAAACCUCCUUCCAUCAGCAAGGGCAUUGAAGAUGAAACGUGGCUGGGUCUUUCAGCAUGACAAUGAUCCCAAACACACCCCCCGGGCAACGAAGGAGUGGCUUCGUAAGAAGCAUUUCAAGGUACUGGAGUGGCCUAGCCAGUCUCCAGAUCUCAACCCCAUAGAAAAUCUUUGGAGGGAGUUGAAAGUCCGUGUUGCCCAGCGACAGCCCCAAAACAUCACUGCUCUAGAGGAGAUCUGCAUGGAGGAAUGGGCCAAAAUACUAGCAACAGUGUGUGAAAACCUUGUGAAGACUUACAGAAAACGUUUGACCUGUGUCAUUGCCAACAAAGGGUAUAUAACAAAGUAUUGAGAAACUUUUGUUAUUGACCAAAUACUUAUUUUCCACCAUAAUUUGCAAAUAAAUUCAUUAAACAUCCUACAAUGUGAUUUUCUGGAUUUAUUUUCCUCAUUUUGUCUGUCAUAGUUGACAUGUACCUAUGAUGAAAAUUACAGGCCUCUCUCAUCUUUUUAAGUGGGAGAACUUGCACAAUUGGUGGCUGACUAAAUACUUUUUUCCCCCACUGUAUAUUCAGCCUAGGUAUAAUUUCACAAGCUGUGAAUUCAUUAGAUUAUUGCUGACUGUUUUAAAUGCAGUGUAUUUGACCUUGUACAACAAAGCUUUUUUACAGAAAACAUUUACAAAAUCGAGAUAUAUAUCGUGAAUCGCCCAUAAGUUUGAAAAAUUUGAGAUAUGAGUUUUAGGCUAUAGCGCCCAGCCCCAUGCUAUCCAGUGUUUUAUUUAAACCCCUCUCUCCCCCUGUCCCUGUCAGAUCAAUUUAAACCUCUCUCUCCCCCUGUCCCUGUCCCUGUCAGAUCAAUUUAAACCCCUCUCUCCCCCUGUCCCUGUCCCUAUCAGAUCAAUUUAAACCCCUCUCUCCCCCUGUCCCUGUCAGAUCAAUUUAAACCCCUCUCUCCCCCUGUCCCUGUCAGAUCAAUUUAAACCUCUCUCUCCCCCUGUCCCUGUCCCUGUCAGAUCAAUUUAAACCUCUCUCUCCCCCUGUCCCUGUCCCUAUCAGAUCAAUUUAAACCCCUCUCUCCCCCUGUCCCUGUCCCUAUCAGAUCAAUUUAAACCCCUCUCUCCCCCCUGUCCCUGUCCCUGUCAGAUCAAUUUAAACCCUCUCUCCCCCCUGUCCCUGUCCCUAUCAGAUCAAUUUAAACCCCUCUCUCCCCUGUCCCUGUCCCUAUCAGAUCAAUUUAAACCCCUCUCUCCCCCUGUCCCUGUCCCUAGUCAGAUCAAUUUAAACCCCUCUUCUCCCCCUGUCCCUGUCCCUAUCAGAUCAAUUUAAAAACCCCUCCUCUCCCCCUGUCCCUGUCCCUAUCAGAUCAAUUUAAACCCCUCUCUCCCCCCUGUCCCUGUUCCCUGUCAGAUCAAUUUAAACCCCUCUCCCCCCCUGUCCCUGUCCCUGUCAGAUCAAUUUAAACCCCUCUCCUCCCCCUUCCCUAUCCCUAUCAGAUCAAUUUAAAAACCCCUCUCUCCCCCUGUCCCUGUCCCUAUCAGAUCAAUUUAAAACCCCCUCUCCUCCCCCUGUCCCUGUCUCUGUCAGAUCAAUUUAAACCCCUGCUCCUCCCCCCUGUCCCUGUCCCUAUCAGAUCAAUUUAAACCCCUCUCUCCCCCUGUCCCUGUCCCUAUCAGAUCAAUUUAAACCCCUCUCUCCCCCUGUCCCUGACCCUAUCAGAUCAAUUUAAACCCCUCUCUCCCCCUGUCCCUGUCUCUGUCAGAUCAAUUUAAACCCCUCUCUCCCCCUGUCCCUGUCCCUAUCAGAUCAAUUUAAACCCCUCUCUCCCCCUGUCCCCUAUCAGAUCAAUUUAAACCCCUCUCUCCCCCUGUCCUAUCAUCAAUUUCAAACCCCUCUCUCCCCCUUCCCUGUCCCUAUCAGAUCAAUUUAAACCCUCUCUCCCCCCCUGUCCCCUGUCCCUAUCAGAUCAAUUUAAACCCCUCUCUCCCCCUGUCCCUGUCCCUAUCAGAAUCAAGUUAAACCCCUCUCUCUCCCCCUGCUCCUGUCCCUAUCAGAUCAAUUUAAACCCCUCUCUCCCCCCUGGUCCCUGUCCCUAUCAGAUCAAUUUAAAACCCCUCUCUCCCCCCUGUCCCUGUCCCUAAUCAGAUCAAUUUAAAACCCCUCUCUCCCCCUGUCCCUGGUCCCUAUCAGAUCAAUUAAACCCCUCUCUCCCCCUGUCCCUAUCAGAUCAAUUUAAACCCCUCUCUCCCCCUGUCCCUGUCAGAUCAAUUUAAACCCCUCUCUCCCCCUGUCCCUGACCCUAUCAGAUCAAUUUAAACCCCUCUCUCUCCCCCUGUCCCUGUCCCUGUCAGAUCAAUUUAAACCCCUCUCUCCCCCCUGUCCCUGUUCCUAUCAGAUCAAUUUAAACCCCUCUCUCCCCCUGUCCCUGUCCCUAUCAGAUCAAUUUAAACCCCUCCCUCCCCCUGUCCCUAUCAGAUCAAUUUAAACCCCUCUCUCCCCCUGUCCCUGUCAGAUCAAUUUAAACCCCCUCUCUCCCCCUGUCCCUGUCCCUAUCAGAUCAAUUUAAAACCCCUCUCUCCCCCCUGUCCCUAUCAGAUCAAUUUAAACCCCUCUCUCCCCCCUGUCCCUGUCCCUAUCAGAUCAAUUUAAAACCCCUCUCUCCCCCUGUCCCUGACCCUAUCAGAUCAAUUUAAACCCCUCUCUCCCCCUGUCCCUGUCAGAUCAAUUUAAACCCCUCUCUUCCCCUGUCCCUGUCCCUAUCAGAUCAAUUUAAACCCCUCUCUCCCCCUGUCCCUGUCCCUAUCAGAUCAAUUUAAACCCCUCUCUCCCCCUGUCCCUGUCCCUAUCAGAUCAAUUUAAACCCCUCUCUCUCCCCCUGUCCCUGUCAGAUCAAUUUAAACCCCUCUCUCCCCCUGUCCCUGUUCCUAUCAGAUCAAUUUAAACCCCUCUCUCCCCCUGUCCCUGUCCCUGUCAGAUCAAUUUAAACCCCUCUCUCCCCCUGUCCCUAUCAGAUCAAUUUAAACCCCUCUCUCCCCCUGUCCCUGUCCCUAUCAGAUCCAGCCAGUGAGUGGUCCGGUGGAAGGGGGUGUGCUGGUGACCAUCCAUGGGUCCAACCUGGGGAUGCACUACCAAGACAUCCAGGGAGGGGUGACCGUAGCUGGGGUCAGUUGUUUGCCUCAGCCCCAUGGAUACCUCAUCUCUACCAGGUAAUAACACUGUGUGUGUGUGUGUGUGUGUGUUAGUGUGUGUGUGUGUGUGUGUGUGUGUGUGUGUGUGUGUGUGUGUAUGUGUGUGUGUGUGUGUGUGUGUGUGUGUGUGUGUGUGUGUGUGUGUGUGUGUGUGCCUGCGUGCGUGUGUGAAGCUAAAGUCCCCAUUUACUAUUUUUCCUGACUUCCCCACUUUUCACAUAAACGUGUAGGAUUGCUAACGUUUUCCUGCCGACGGUACUUAGCACCUCUGAACAGAGUGUCGGCAGUCAAUCUCUUUUGUGUUCACACAGCAAAGACCUUGAAGUCGUCAGCCACUCAAUCUUGUUAAAAUAUCCAAACCAGAAGGUGGCAUUUUUCUGGGCAUUGCAUCUCCCUGUGUGUUCCUUUAUGAUCAGAGCUCUCCAACCCUAAUCUAGUGCUCCCGAUUCUAAUAAUUAGCUGGUUGAAAAGCUGAAUCAGGUCAGUUACAACUGAGGUAGAAACGAAAACCUACAGGACAGGGUAGCUGUCCAGGAACAGGGUUGGAGAGCCCUGGUCUAGAUAGCCAACGCCCUGAUCUAGCUAGCUAGCUGUGCUAAUUCUGCUGUUGUUGUAGAAAGCCGUUGUUGAUACUAGCCAGAUGACCACAGCUAGAUAAUUAGCUAGCAAGAUGACGAAUAAACUAUGUAAUUCACUCUCUAUAAUCGCAUACAGCCCAUAGAUAGAUUUUAGUUUGCUGGCCGAAUGUUAGCUAAACAGUUAGCGUGAUUCGCUAUCUAGCUAGCCGUGUUAGCUAGGUAAAGAUAUUACAUUGUCUCUCGGCUUGCUACGGGCAGCUGCUUGAUGGAAACAAAUCCAUUGUGAUUUAAUUAUAAUGUUACUGGCUACAGUCGGUCAUUGGCUUGGAUGGGGCGUUUAGCGUUUUGUGCGUUGUGUGGGGCGGCAGGUAGCUUAGUGGGUAAGAGCGUUGUGCCAGUAACCGAAAGGUCGCUGGUUCUAAUCCCCGAGCCGACUAGGUGAAAAAUCUGUCGAUGUGCCCUUAAGCAAGGCACUUAACCCUAAUUGCUCCUGUAAGUCGCUCUGGAUAAGAGCGUCUGCUAAAAUGACUAAAAUGUAAAUGUAAAAUGUGUCUGUGCACUUAGCUAGCUACCAUGAUCCUAUACGUUGCAUAUGAAGUGUGACCCGCUCAUUUAGCCAGCUGCAAAGGGGUUAAUGUCACCGGGAAAAGUUCCCUCGUUUUUUCUACUUGUUGGUUGCUUUUCGGGCUCCCCGCUCGUGCUCUCUGAUUGGCUCAGAGUAGAAAUGUCUCUCUACCAAAAAAAAAACAUUGUAAAGUGGUUAUCCCACUGGCUAUAAGGUGAAUGCACCUAUUUGUAAGUCGCUCUGGAUAAGAGCGUCUGCUAAAUGACGUAAAUGUAAUACCGAUUCUCCAUAUAGAAAUAGGAAAGAAUGUCACAAUUUAGUCCCAAUAGCACACCGCAGCGAAGGAAUGCCAGAUAAACGUCAGACAGACCAUCAGUCAGCGCGCUAUCCCCUUAAGAGUCAGCUCUCUGUGAUCCUCAGACCAUCAGUCAGCGCGCUAUCCCCUUAAGAGUCAGCUCUCUGUGACCCUCAGACCAUCAGUCAGCGCGCUAUCCCCUUAAGAGUCAGCUCUCUGUGACCCUCAGACCAUCAGUCAGCGCGCUAGCCCCUUAAGAGUCAGCUCUCUAUGACCCUCAGACCAUCAGCCGGCGCGCUAGCCCCUUAAGAGUCAGCUCUCUAUGACCCUCAGACCAUCAGCCGGCGCGCUAGCCCCUUAAGAGUCAGCUCUCUGUGUGUUACAAGUCUUGUUUUUUCCGGUGUGUUCCAGGAUAGUGUGUGAGUCUGUUUUUUCCGGUGUGUUCCAGGAUAGUGUGUGAGCCUGUUUUUUCCGGUGUGUUCCAGGAUAGUGUGUGAGUCUGUUUUUUCCGGUGUGUUCCAGGAUAGUGUGUGAGCCUGUUUUUUCCGGUGUGUUCCAGGAUAGUGUGUGAGCUCCUGCCCAGUAAACAGGAGACAGAGGGGCCAGUCAUCGUUACCGUGGGAGACUCAGAACCUGGACAGUCACUGCAGACGUUCACCUAUCAGGUAACGCUGCACCACACACACACACACACACACACACACACACACACACACACAGACACACACAGACACACACACACACACACACACCCAGACACACACCCACACACACAGACACAGACACACACACACACACACACACACACACACACACACACACCCAGACACACACCCACACACACACAGACACACAGACACACACACAGACAGACACACACACACACCCAGACACAGACACACACACACCCAGACACACACCCACACACACACACACACACACAGACACACACACACACACACUUUGAACUUGACUCAUUCAUUGACUUAUUAACUGUGUUUGACCAUGCUGAGGCCGAACGUCUGUUCAGGGCAUUUCAUUCUCUGUGUUAUUGUGUGUGUAUAGGACCCCCAGUUGACUGGUAUAGUCCCUGAUAAGGGUCCUGUAUGAGGAGGGACCACCCUGACCGUCUAGAGUUAUAGUUUGGGUUAGAUACUACAGUAUAACCAUGUCUCUCUGUGUAUAGGACCCCCAGUUGACUGGUAUAGUCCCUGAUAAGGGCCCUCUAUCAGGAGGGACCACCCUGACCGUCCAGGGGACUCGGCUGCUAACGGGACAGAGGAAGGACCUGACUGCAUACGUAGGACAACAACCCUGCUACAUGUAAUUACCUCUACUAUAACUGCUUUCUCUCGCUGUCUCUCUCUCUCUGUUUUUUUUUUGUCUUUCUGUGUUCUCUCUGUUGUUUCUCCCCUUUUCCCUUUUCUCUAUGUCGUUGUUGUUGUUUUCGUUUUUUUCUCUUUCUUGUUGUUGUCUGUUGUCUUCUCUCUCUCUUCUCUCGUUUUUCUGUUCUUCUUCUCUCCCCUCCUUUCUUGUUUGUUCUUUUUUCUGUCUUCUGUUUUUUUUUUGUUUGUCGUUGUCUGUUUCUUUCUCUUCUCUUUUGUUUCUUCUUUGUCUUGUCUCUGUCUCUCUUCUCUCCUGUUUGUUUUCUCUUCUUUUUUUUGUUUUCCUGUUCUCUCUCUCUUUCUCUCUUCUCUCUUUCUCUCUUCUCCUCUCUGUCUUCUCUCUCUUUCUCUCUCUCUUCCGCUCGCUUCGUCUCGCCUCUCUCUCUCUCUCUCUCUCUCUCUCUCUUCGUGUUCGUUUCAAUUUCAAUUCAAUUACAUAUAAGGCUUUAUUGACAUGGGAAACGUAGUUUAAAAAUUGCUAAAGAAAGGAAGUAGAUAGUAAAAAAAAGGAAAUAAUACCCCCCCUUCUUUCUUUUCUCUGUCCCCUUUUCCCCCUUCCUCCCCUCCUCCCGCAGGGUUCCCCCCCAGAAACCCCAGACGACGCAGUAACAAAAAUGAUUCAUCCUUCCUCCUUUUCUGCCCUCUCUUUGUCAGUUUAGGAGGUGAAUUGGGGACUUCACUGGUAUGCAGGACCCAGCCCCAGUAAACAGACGAGGCUGACAGUGCGGGGUUUUGUUUGGGAAGGCCCCAAAAGGGAGGGUCCCUGGGCGGUUUUCGCACAUGGAGGACCCCGUCAUCACCGCAGGUCCCCCUGCUGAGGUUCUAGCGUGAGUAACAUUUCCCUUUAGCUUUUCCCCUUAAAGAUUUAGAUGGUUUACCCCCCGAUCUACAACAGAUAGUAGGAAAUAAAUAAUGAAGUAGAUCAAAAAACAGAAUUUGUAGCCAGCGGGUUUUAGGCACGAGCUUGUAAGCCAAGGGUAGUGGGUUCGAUCCCCGGGGCCACCAAUACAAAAAAAAAAAUUAUGCAGCAUGACUGUAAUCGCUUUGGAUAAAAAGGUCUGCUAAAUGGCAAUUUUAUUAUUAUUAUAGUAGGAAUUAUAUAUAAUAAAAUGAUCAAAAAAUUAAAAAAAAAAAACUUAAAAGAAUGAAUGAUAAUGUUUUUUUUCAUCAAAAAUUUUUUAGUAAGCAAAAGGGGGAAAAAAAUUUCCUUUUUGUGUUUUCCUAGGGGGGGCGGCAUAAAAAGGGGAGGGUUUGGGCGAACCCGAAAAUGGUGCAGCAGCCAAUGAUCUCCGUGUGGGUGGAGCCGGUGGAGAACAGGCUGGUGAGGAAAAAAGGGGACUACGCCCGAAUGCUAGUUUCAAAGACCCGCCAAAGGUAGAGCCCCAUUUUAUGCUAGUCUUUAACGCACCCCGCCUAGGUAGAGCCCAGAUGGGUGCAGUCUUCAACGCACCCUGCCAUAGGUAGAGCCCAGAUUGAUGCUAGUCUUAAAAAGCACCAUGCCAAGGUAGAGCCCAGAUUGGGCUGCUUCUUCAACAGCACCCUGCCAAAGGGAGAGCCCAGAUUGACUGCUAGUCUUCAACAGCACCAUGCCAUAGGUAGGAAGCCCAGAUUGAACUGCUAGUCUUCAACAGCACCAUGCCAAAGGUAGAGCCCAGAUUGACUGCUAGUCUUCAACAGCACCAUGCCAUAGGUAGAGCCCAGAUUGACUGCUAGUCUUCAACAGCACCAUGCCAAAGGUAGAGCCCAGAUUGAUCUAGUCUUCAACAGCACCAUGCCAAGGUAGAGCCCAGAUGACUGCUAGUCUUCAACAGCACCAUGCCAAAGGUAGAGCCCAGAUUGACUGCUGUCUUCAACAGCACCAUGCCAUAGGUAGAGCCCAGAUUGACUGCUAGUCUUCAACAGCACCAUGCCAAAGGUAGAGCCCAGAUUGACUGCUAGUCUUCAACAGCACCAUGCCAAAGGUAGAGCCCAGAUUGACUGCUAGUCUUCAACAGCACCAUGCCAAAGGUAGAGCCCAGAUUGACUGCUAGUCUUCAACAGCACCAUGCCAAAGGUAGAGCCCAGAUUGACUGCUAGUUUUCAACAGCACCAUGCCAUAGGUAGAGCCCUGAUUGACUGCUAGUCUUCAACAGCACCAUGCCAAAGGUAGAGCCCAGAUUGACUGCUAGUCUUCAACAGCACCAUGCCAAAGGUAGAGCCCAGAUUGACUGCUAGUCUUCAACAGCACCAUGCCAUAGGUAGAGCCCAGAUUGACUGCUAGUCUUCAACAGCACCAUGCCAAAGGUAGAGCCCAGAUUGAUACAUGACAAUUCAAAUUCAAUUCAAAGGGGCUUAAUUUGCAUAAGGAAACAUUUUAACAUUGCUAAAGCAAGUGAAAUAAACAAUCAGAAAUUAACAGUAAACAUUACACCAUUUUUUCAAAAUAAUCCUAUUACUAUGUAUUGUCAUGUGGUAUUUAAAAUGGUGUAUCACUGUCAGUAAGCCUUUACCUGCCAAAACAAGAGGACCACAAUGGAAAUAAGUUGUGUCAUCCUGGAGGAUUUUAAAUGCAGUGUAUCCACAUGUGCAAUUGGGUUUUUAAAUUGUUAAAAUGAAUGAAAUCAAACUCUAGUCAUGGAAUAGCUACUUGACUCCGUCAUUUGGAUACUGAUUCAGAACCAUUGACUUAAAAACAAAUACCACACUUUCUCUCUCUCUCUCUCUCUUUCUCUCUCUCUCUCUCUCUCUCUCUCUCUCUCUCUCUCUCUCCUCAUCGUGUCUCUCUCUCUCCCUCUAUCUCUCUCUCCCCCCCACCCCCCUCUCUCUCUCUCUCUCCCUCCCCCUUCCCUCCCACCCACUCUCUCAGAAGCAGGAGCGUUGUACGGUGGUCUCGUCCUCUGAGAUGACCUGUGUGACCCCGAGUGUGACCCCUGACUCCAAGGUCACGGGGGUGUGGUUUGAGCUGGACAACGUUAAGGUGGCGUUUGAGAGCGUCACGGGGAAGGCGUUCUCUUACUACCCCAACCCUGAGCUGUACGCUCUGAACAGAGACGACCCGGACACACCCUACCACUUCAAACCCGGAGGGGUCAUCGCUGUGGAGGUGAGAUACAAUACCGCUGCUUCUCUGACUCCCACAGUAACCUGUUAGGGGUCAAUCCUAAAGAUUAUUUUUUAUAAAAUACUGUAUUUUUUGUCAGGUGGUCGUUUUAAAUAAGAAUAUGUUGUUAAUUGACAGACUUGUAUAAAAUACAAUCAAAUAGCGUGAUGACUGACUAAACUGGGUAGGUAUUGGUCCAGCCGAGGACCUUUGACCUCUGAUGACUAAUGGAUGGAUGUCUGUCUCUCUUCCAGGGUAAGGACCUGACGCGUGCCAUGACCCGAGGGGAGGUGGUGGCCAGGUUGGGUGACCAGGAGUGUGAGGUCAAAACUCUGGACAGUACUCACCUGUACUGUGAACCACCUGAGAAACAGCCAGACAGUCUGGAGAGCAACGAACUGCCCAGCCUAAGGGUUUGUACACACACACACACACCGGGUCAGUACUGUAUUGUGUUCUAGAGCUGCCAAGCCUUUGGGUUGGUAUCUCCUAAUAGUGUUGCAGUACUCGAGUCCACUUGAGGUUUAGUGACUUGACUACAUCACUGCUUCCUACAGCAUAGUUAUUCUAGAGCACUGUUUCUCAACCGUCUCCACACCAGGAACUGGCAUGCUAUGAUGCUAUGAUGCUAUGAUGCUAUGAUGCUAUGAUGCUAUGAUGCUAUGAUGCUAUGAUGCUAUGAUGCUAUGAUGCUAUGAUGCUAUGAUGCUAUGAUGCUAUGAUGCAUGAUGCUAUGAUGCUAUGAUGCUAUUGCCUAAUGCUACUGAUCUAUGCUGCUUAUGCCACCCUCAUGCUUGUGCUAUGAUGCUUUGAUGCUAUUGCCAUGCUGCUAUGACGCUAUGAUGCUAUGAUCAUGACUAUGAUGCUAUGCUUGCUAGAUGCUAUGAUGCAUGACAGAAUGAUGUGCUCUGAGUUAUGCUCAUGUGCUAUGACUAAUGAGGUUGACUCUAUGAUCUUUGUCCUCCCUCCCUCUCUCCUGCAAUUUCCCUUUACCUCAUCAAGCCUCCGACCCUCCCUACCGUGAACUUCUCUCGACCCCAUCUGAACAUCUAAACAAUCAGGACAGAAAUGAGCGAAAAAUCUAGGUCAACAGAACACGGUAUUCAAGAGGAAGAAAAGGGAAAGGGCCAAAAACAAAAAAGAAAUGAAGAAGAAUCCAAUGAGUCGAGAGCGAAAAGAGAUAAGACCGUGAAUGCCAAAACAGAAUUACAAAGAGAACGAAACAACGGGAAAAGAGAGACGCAGAAGACAAUACACUGAAAGAACAAACUUAUCCAAGAGGUAAGAAAGAAGGGAGAGCACCGGAAAAGACGACGAGAGAUAAAGAGGAAAGGGGGGAAGUAAAGAGCGGGAAAGGAAGAGAACAGAAGGAACGCAGCCUGGAGAACCAGGGGAGUGGAAAGGGCGAGGGUGAAGAGAGGAAAGGAACAAACAGAAAGAGGGAAAGAAACAAAAAACAAAGAAACAAACAAAAAGCGAAGAAGAACAACCGACAGGCAAACCACGCAACAUCCACACCGCACCACACGCACCCACCACCCACACCAAUCCUCUCCCACCCCCCCCACCAUCCACACCCCCACACCCACACACCCACUCCCACACCCUAGGGAAUGGGCAAACUAAUCCGGGUCAUCACAGUCGAUACAGAAGGCCCCCACCGUCCCCUGCACCAGGGGCAGGCAGCAGGGCUCGUGGUGGUCCUGGUGGCCCUGGUCAUCAUCCUCAUACAGGUCAGCACACCACACACACACACACACACACACACACACCAACACACACACACACAAAACACAUACAGCCCACAACACUAAACGAGAACACACCACCAACCACCAAACACACACACACACACACACCAAAAAACACCACACACAACUCACUCCUCAACAAACACAAAACAACACACAAAGACAUAAAAAUUCCUUAAAUUGAAUCAAAUAAAUGGUUCAUCUUAACGAUUGAUCAACUCAUGAAACUACAAAUGAUGCGUGAACCAAGAGCAAACACAACCAGACGGAAACAACGCACGAAACACAAAAGUCCUCAGCGAGACUCUGACUCACUGAACCAUCAACACAGUAACAUACUCACCAUAACACACCUAUCAAUAACACUCCACAACAUGACACCUAAUCCCAUCAUCAUCACUCACUGCCACCCAUAACCACACACAACACACACAGCACACACACUCACUCACUCACUCACUCACACACACACUCACAAGGGCUAUCUAUAUAAAUUCCUUUAUGUUUGAUUUGAUUGAUUGAUUGGUUGAUUCUGUAACUGAUUGAUUAACUGAUUGAUUGAUAGUAGAUGAUUGCGGUGAAUCCAAGGUGAGGUAUAGUCUCUGUGUGAACAGGAGGAAGAGCAAGCAGGCUCUGAGAGACUACAAGAAGGUCCUAGUCCAGCUGGAGACUCUGGAGAUCAACGUGGGAGACCAGUGCAGGAAGGAGUUCACAGGUAAAGUACUGCACCUAUCAACCUGCUUAGUUAAAUAGAGUCUGUGUCUGAAAUGGCACCCUAAUCCCUAUAUAGUGCACUAUUGGCAAGGGCCAAUAGAACUCUGGUCUAGCUAGGGGACAGGGCGCCAUUUGGGACACAGGAAUGACUUGUUGCAUAUAACAUUUAUAAAGCUCCUGAGCCUCUGUAAAGACAGGAUACAUCUAGCUUCCUCUUCGCAAGGCCCAAUAGAAUCGUCUAGCUAGAGAGAAGGGAGAGGAAAGAGAAGAGUAAUAAUAAAGCGAAGCACACUGAAGACGGAGAAUAGGCUUUCUACGGAUCCCUAUAUACGAAACCCCAGCAAUGCACGCCCUCCAGUCGGGCAUCACCUCCCUAGUGCCUCUUAUCUCGCUCCUUUCCUAGACCUACCCUUGCCGCCUGAACCCUAUCGAGAAGAACGACCGAAGACUCUCUCUACUCUCCUACCUCUCAUCUCCGAGCCGUACCCUCCUAUCCUAUCUCCUUCCUCUCCUCUCCCCUCUCUCUCCUCUCCUCUCCCCCCUCCAGAUCUGAUGACAGAGAUGAUGGAUCUGAGUAGUGAUGUGGGUGGACCAGGUAUUCCUCUCCUGGACUAUAAGACGUAUGCAGAGCGUGUGUUCUUCCCUGGUCAGAGGGGGGCGCCACUGAGUCAGAACCUGGACCUGCCAGAGUCCCGCAGGCAGACGGUGGAACAGGGCCUGGGACAACUCAACAACCUCCUCAACAACAGACUGUUCCUUAUCAGGGUGAGUAGACGGAUGGACAUACAGACACACAGACACACAGACACACAGACACACAGACACACAGACACACAGACAGACAGACAGACAGACAGACAGACAGACAGACAGAGACGGAUGGAAGGAAGGGUAGGGAGACGGACAGUCUCGGUUUGUCUGGACAAAUCUGGUGGGAAGUGAGCUGGCAACCAGAGGUUUGCUGGUAUCAAAUUCUAGUUGCCAUCCCCUGCCGUUGCGCCCUUGAGCAAGGUACUUAACCCCUUCAAAAACUGUUCCAGGGUAGCCGUAAGAUGGCUACCCACUGCUCCGACCUCUUGGAGGGAUAAAGCAGAAGACACAUUUCUGUUUUAUUUAUUUACAUUGGACUUUAAAGGUAUCUAUUCUCCUACUCUUCCAGUUCAUCCAUACUCUGGAGGCCCAGCAGAACUUCUCCCAGCGGGACCGUGGCUACGUGGCGUCUCUCCUGACCAUGGCUCUGCACGACAAGCUGGAGUACUUCACUGAUGUCAUGAAGACCUUACUGGGAGACCUGGUGCAGCAAUACGUCGUCAAGAACCCCAAACUCAUGCUGCGCAGGUGGGUCCUGGUACACUGGCAGUACGUGGCCAAGAACCCCAGUACCUGCCCAGGUGGGUCCUGGUACCUGCCCAGGUGGGUCCUGGUACCUGCCCAGGUGGGCCCUGCAUGGUGGAAGUAGAGAAGAAGAGAAACUCACUCUGAGUCUAUCAGAACCUCCAAACGGUGUAAACCAUUCCAUUAUGAGACGGGGUGGAAUCCAAACUUGUGCUGUAUAUUAAUUGACUAUGUCAUAGCACAUUUUUUAAGAUAAAUAUUGAUACAUUACUAGCUCUAACACUUUUAAUCUGCAAAAAUUACAAAUGAAUUAGUGGGUGAUUAUGAUUUCAGAUCAUAAGUGUGUGGGGGGGACAAAAAGCAAACCUUGCCCCCCCUAACUGAUAGUGAGGUGGUAGAUUCCCAGUUUCCCCCCUAACUGAUAGUGAGGUGGUAGAUUCCCAGUUUCCCCCCUAACUGAUAGUGAGGUGGUAGAUUCCCAGUUUCCCCCCUAACUGAUAGUGAGGUGGUAGAUUCCCAGUUUUCCCCCCCUAACUGAUAGUGAGGUGGUAGAUACCCAGUUUCCCCCCUAACUGAUAGUGAGGUGGUAGAUUACCAGUUUCCCCCCUAACUGAUAGUGAGGUGGUAGAUUCCCAGUUCCCCCCCUAACUGAUAGUGAGGUGGUAGAUUCCCAGUUUCCCCCCUAACUGAUAGUGAGGUGGUAGAUUCCCAGUUUCCCCCCUAACUGAUAGUGAGGUGGUAGAUUCCCAGUUUCCCCCCUAACUGAUAGUGAGGUGGUAGAUUCCCAGUUUCCCCCCUAACUGAUAGUGAGGUGGUAGAUUCCCAGUUUUCCCCCCUAACUGAUAGUGAGUGGUAGAUUUCCAGUUUCCCCCCUAACUGAUAGUGAGGUGGUAGAUUUCCCAGUUUCCCCCCUAACUGAUAGUGAGGUGGUAGAUUCCCAGUUUCCCCCCCUAACUGAUAGUGAGGUGGUAGAUUCCCAGUUUCCCCCCUAACUGAUAGUGAGGUGGUAGAUUCCCAGUUUCCCCCCUAACUGAUAGUGAGGUGGUAGAUUCCCAGUUUCCCCCCUAACUGAUAGUGAGGUGGUAGAUUCCCAGUUUCCCUUACAGCUCAGCAGCCUACAUACACCUUAUACAUUGUUUACACACACAGUCGGUCAGCUCAGAGAUGCCCAGUUCAGACAGAUCCAGCUCAGAGAGAUCCAGAUCAGACAGAUCCAGCUCAGACAGAUCCAGCUCAGACAGAUCCAGCUCAGACAGAUCCAGCUCAGACAGAUCCAGCUCAGAGAUGCCCAGUUCAGACAGAUCCAGCUCAGAGAUGCCCAGUUCAGACAGAUCCAGCUCAGACAGAUCCAGCUCAGACAGAUCCAGCUCAGACAGAUCCAGCUCAGAGAUGCCCAGUUCAGACAGAUCCAGCUCAGACAGAUCCAGCUCAGACAGAUCCAGCUCAGACAGAUCCAGCUCAGACAGAUCCAGUUCAGACAGAUCCAGCUCAGACAGAUCCAGCUCAGACAGAUCCAGUUCAGACAGAUCCAGCUCAGACAGAUCCAGCUCAGACAGAUCCAGUUCAGACAGAUCCAGUUCAGACAGAUCCAGCUCAGACAGAUCCAGCUCAGACAGAUCCAGUUCAGACAGAUCCAGUUCAGACAGAUCCAGUUCAGACAGAUCCAGCUCAGACAGAUCCAGCUCAGACAGAUCCAGCUCAGACAGAUCCAGUUCAGACAGAUCCAGCUCAGACAGAUCCAGUUCAGACAGAUCCAGUUCAGACAGAUCCAGCUCAGACAGAUCCAGGUCAGGAGCUCCAUCAGCAGCAGAUUUUAAUUUAGAAAUGGAAAAUGAAUUUACUUAUGCAAUAAAUGUGCAUCGAUUCGUUCCUCUAAUCAAACCGAAUAGAACUGAAUUGCUUCAAACUUAAAGGGAAAGAUGCACAUCCCUCCUACCCUCGUCAGCCAGAAUAAUAUGGUCCACCAUGAUUUACAACUUCUCUGUCUGUCUGUCAGGACUGAGACUGUUGUGGAGAAGAUGCUGACCAACUGGAUGUCCAUCUGUCUCUACUCCUUCCUCAAGGUACAGCUGUGUGUGUGUGUGUGUGUGUGUGUGUGUGUGUGUGUGUGUGUGUGUGUGUGUGUGCGUGUGUGUGUGUGUGUGUGCGUGCGUGCGGAGCUAAAUGUCCCAAUUUUUUUGGCUGACUUCCCCAUUUUUCACAUAAACGUGUAUAUCUGACUGUCAUACUGUGUACCCCUCUAGGAGGUGGCUGGGGAGCCCCUGUAUAUGCUGUACAGAGCCAUCAAGUACCAGGUGGAUAAGGGACCCAUAGACGCUGUGACGGGGAAAGCCAAGCGCACCCUGAACGACAGCCAUCUACUGAGAGAGGACAUCGACUACUGCUCUAUCGUACGUCUUAGCCAAGCUCUCUCUCUCUCUCCCUCUCUCUACUCUCUCUACUCUCUCUCCCUCUCUCUACUCUCUCUCCCUCUCUCUACUCUCUCUCCCUCUCUAUAUUCUCUCUCCUCUCUCUCUCCCUCUCUCUAUACGUUCUCUCUCUCUACUCUCCCUCUCUCUCUCCCGUUACUCUCUCUCUGUAAUGCUUUGCAGGCUUUUUCUUUUAUUUCAUUCACAGCCAGUCCAAAUCCACCAGAUGCACAGAUUUUUAGUCCCUGGGCAUCUUCAACCAUGGUAUUUCCUAAAUUGGAGGAGUGUCUGCUGCUGUGAUUCCUGGCCUUUUUCUGGAAAAUCACAACUUUGGUUUUCUGAAAGUUUAUGUUGAUUACCCAGUUGAUGCUGUAUUCCUAAAUAAUGUUAAGUUGUUCCUGGAGACCUUGCUGUGUUGGUGACCGUAGAACAAGGUCCUCUGGGUAGAGCAGGAAUCUGACCUCCUCAUCUUGGUGACAGUAGAACAAGGUCCUCUGGGUAGAGCAGGAAUCUGACCUCCUCAUCUUGGUGACAGCAGGACAAGGUCCUCUGGGUAGAGCAGGAAUCUGACCUCCUCAUCUUGGUGACAGCAGGACAAGGUCCUCUGGGUAGAGCAGGAAUCUGACCUCCUCAUCUUGGUGACAGCAGGACAAGGUCCUCUGGGUAGAGCAGGAAUCUGACCUCCUCAUCUUGGUGACAGCAGGACAAGGUCCUCUGGGUAGAGCAGGAAUCUGACCUCCUCAUCUUGGUGACAGCAGGACAAGGUCCUCUGGGUAGAGCAGGAAUCUGACCUCCUCAUCUUUGAGGGUGAGUCCAAGGGGCUGCAGAUCGGUCCAACAACACUGAUAGUUUGUUGACGUAGACGUUGAACAGGGUUGGACUUACACUGCACCCUUGUCUCACCCCUCGCCCUUGUGCAAAAAACGAUGUUCUUUUACCGUUCAGUUUAAUACUACAUGUGUUGUUCGAGUAAAUAGAUUUGAUGAUGUCGUACACUUUACCCCCAACGCCACUUUAGAGGGUUUUGUAAUAUAAUCCAGCAGGCCAUAUGGAAUCAAAAGCAUUCUUAAAAUCAACAAAACAUGCAAAUACUUUCCCUCUGCUUUUCUGAUGAACACGCUUGUUUAUUAGUUUGUGUAAUGUGUGUAGGUGGUCUGUUGUUCUGUGUUUGGGUAGAAAGCCAAUUGGUUUUUUUGCUGAGAGUGUUAUGUUGUGUGAGGAAGGUCUGUAUUCGGUCAUUGAGAAUACAGCAGAACAGUUUCCCCAUAUUACUGGUGACACAUAUUCCCCUACAGUUAUUAGGGUCUAAUUUGUCACCUUUAUAUAUAUAUGGGGGUUAUGAGCCCCUGGUUCCAAAUACACAAAAAACGUAUGUGGACACCUGCUCGUCGAACAUCUCAUUCUAAAAUCAUGGGCAUUAAUAUGGAGUUGGUCAAGUUCUUCCACACCGAUCUCGACAAACCAUUUCUGUGUGGACCUCGAUUUGUGCACCGGGGCAUUAUCAUUCUGAAACAGGAAAGGGCCUUCCCCAAACUGUUGCCACAAAGUUGGAAGCACAGAAUCAUCUAGAAUGUAAUUGUAUGCUGUAGCGUUAAGAUUUCCCUUCACUGGAACUAAGGGGCCUAACCCGAACCAUGAAAAACAGCCCCAGACCAUUAUUCCUCCUCCACCAAACUUUACAGUUGGCACUAUGCAUUCGGGCAAGUAACGUUUUCCUGGCAUCCGCCAAACCCAGAUUUGUCCGUCGGACUGCCAGAUGGUGAAGCGUGAUUCAUCACUCCAGAGGACGCGUUUCCACUGCUCCAGAGUCCAAUGGCGGCGAGCUUUACACCACUCCAGCCGACGCUUGGCAUUGCGCAUGGUGAUCUUAGGCUUGUGUGCGGCUGCUCGGCCAUGGAAACCCAUUUCAUGAAGCUCCCGACUAACAGUUCUUGUGCUGACGUUGCUUCCUGAGGCAGUUUGGAACUCGGUAGUGAGUGUUGCAACCGCGCUUCAGCCCGCGGCAGUCCUGUUCUGUGAGCUUGUGUGGCCUACCACUUCGCGGCUGAGCCGUUGUUGCUCCUAGAUGUUUCCACUUCACAAUAACAGAACUUACAGUUGACCGGGGCAUCUCUAGCAGGCCAGAAAGUUGACGAACUGACUUGUUGGAAAGGUGGCAUCCUGGGGGGGGGGGGGGGGGAGUUAGAGGAGCCCCUGGUGGGGCCAGGGUUGGGCUGAGGGCUCCGGCUCGAAAUGGACAACAGCCAUCAACCAUUAUUAUGGGAAGCUCCGUGGUUCGAUUGGUGGAAGUCCGAAAUACCCGUACACUUUGUUUUCCUGGAGCUAGGGGUAUUGGAGUUAUCAGAAGUCAUGCCCACCAUCAAGAAACAGAUUCCUGCUCUGAAAACAGUUGUGUUGCAUAUUGGAUCUAAUGAUAUGUGUAUGAAAUGUGUAAACCUAAGAGACUAUUUCUUACAGCUCUUGGAGAAAUUAUCAGAACAUAUAAUUGUCUCGGCCCCAAUUCCAUCUCCUCGCCGUUGUGAGACUGAGUGUUUUAGGCGUCUUUGGUCUCUUCACCAGUGGUUAAUGCGUCUGACCAAGGACUUGGGCAUGUCCUUCGUCGACAAGUUUGACUCCUUCUGGAAUAGGCCUGGCUACUUUGUGGAAGACACAAUUCACCUGGGUGAAAAUGGCUCCCGGCUGUUGUCAUCAAACAUUGGAAAGGUUCUUGGUCAACUAAACUGAUGUGAGGACAAUAUUAGCAUUACAUGUAAGUCAGUUUUUACCAUCUCCUCUUUGGUCACUGUGAGAGUUCCACAUGUUGUAUCUGAAAGUGGUGACAUGGCUAAUGGUGCUAACCAGAGAUGUAUCUGAAAGUGGUGACAUGGCUAAUGGUGCUAACCAGAGAUGUAUCUGAAAGUGGUGAUAUGGCUAAUGGUGCUAACCAGGAGAUGUAUCUGAAAGGGGUGACAUGGCUAAUGAUGCUAACCAGAGAUGUAUCUGAAAGGGGUGAUAUGGCUAAUGGCGCUAACCAGAGAUGUAUCUGAAAGUGGUGACAUGCCUAAUGGUGCUAACCAGAGAUGUAUCUGAAAGUGGUGACAUGGCUAAUGGUGCUAACCAGAGAUGUAUCUGAAAGUGGUGACAUGGCUAAUGGUGCUAACCAGAGAUGUAUCUGAAAGGGGUGACAUGGCUAAUGGUGCUAACCAGAGAUGUAUCUGAAAGUGGUGACAUGGCUAAUGAUGCUAACCAGAGAUGUAUCUGAAAGGGGUGACAUGGCUAAUGAUGCUAACCAGAGAUGUAUCUGAAAGGGGAGACAUGCCUAAUGGUGUAAUUGCUAUCCCUACUUUGUUUUCUUUUCCUUCUCCUGUUAUUCUGAAAUCACAAAGUAAUCUGACUUGUACUGAAACUCUGUGUGAUUUUAAAUACAGAGAAGGUUCUUAACAUUUAACAUUUGUAGUUUAUUACCUAAAAUGGAUCAUGUCAAGAUCUGGGCCUGUCGGGCAGACCAUGAUAUUUUUAUUGUAUCUGAAACCUGGUUAAUAACUGAUAAAAACCCUGGACUCUGAGGUUGCUAUGGAUGGUUACUAUGUGUUUAGGGCUGAUGGGAAAGGUUAAGGUGGUGGUGUUGCUAUUUACACAAAGACUCUUCUGUCUGUGUCUCUGUUAAAGGCUACCUCCAGUCCUCAACUAUUUGAACUGUUGGCUUUAAGUCUUCAGUCGGGUUCUAACUCAUAAAUAACAGUUAUAGGAGGAAUCUAUCAUCUAUCUACCUUCCACCAGGAAGUGUGUACUAAACGAACUCACUGAUUUAAGUGCCAUUUUUACUACCCCAUGAGGUGUUGAUCGCUGGAUGCUGACUGUUUAAAUGAUUUUUGUACUCCCUGUUUAAAUAAAGGUAAAAUAAAAAAUAAAAUGUCCAUCAAUGGAGUCUUCAAUCGCUUUCAGUGUUCUCAAAAUGCUUAAGUUUCUCUCUCUCUCUACUCUCUCUCGCUCUCUCUCUCUCUCUCUCUCUCUCUCUCUCUCUACUCAAUUCAACUUAAGGGCUUUAUUGGCAUGGGAAACGUAUGUUAACAUUGCCAAAGCAAGUGAAGUAGAUAAUAAACAAAAGUGAAAUAAACAAUAAAUAUUAACAGUAAACAUUACACUCAGAAGUUCCAAAAUAAUAAAGACAUUUCAAAUGUCAUAUUAUGUCUAUAUACAGUGUUGUAACAAUGUGCAAAUAGUUAAAGUACAAAUGGGAAAAUAAAUAAAUGUAAAUAUGGGUUGUAUUUACAAUGGUGUUUGUUCUUCACUGGUUGCCCUUUUCUUGUGGCAACAGGUCACAAAUCUUGCUGCUGUGAUGGCACACUGUGGUUUUUCACCCAGUAGAUAAGGGAGUUUAUCAAAAUUGGGUUUGUUUUCGAAUUCUUUGUGGGUCUGUGUAAUCUGAGGGAAAUAUGUGUCUCUAAUAUGGUCAUACAUUUGGCAGGAGGUUAGGAAGUGCAGCUCAGUUUCCACCUCAUUUUGUGGGCAGUGUGCACAUAGCCUGUCUUCUCUUGAGAGCCAGGUCUGCCUACGGCGGCCUUUCUCAAUAGCAAGGCUAUGCUCACUGAGUCUGUACAUAGUCAAAGCUUUCCUUAAGUUUGGGUCAGUCACAGUGGUCAGGUAUUCUGCCACUGUGUACUCUCUGUUUAGGGCCAAAUAGCAUUCUAGUUUUCUAGAAUUCUUUCCAAUGUGUCAAGUAAUUAUCUUUUUGUUUUCUCAUGAUUUGGUUGGGUCUAAUUGUGUUGUUGUCCUGGGGCUCUGUGGGGUCUGUUUGGGUUUGUGAACAGAGCCCCAGGACCAUUAGCGGGUAUCGGCACUGCAUGCAUUAUUUUGUGUUUUUUGUUGUACACGGAGGAUAUUUUUGCUGAUUUCUGCAUGCAGAGUCUCAAUUUGGUGUUUGUCCCAUUUUGUGAAUUCUUGGUUGGUGAGCGGACCCCAGACCUCACAACCAUAAAGGGCAAUGGGUUCUAUAACUGAUUCAAGUAUUUUUAGCCAGAUCCUAAUUGGUAUGUCAAAUUUUAUGUUCCUUUUGAUGGCAUAGAAGGCCCUUCUUGCCUUGUCUCUCAGAUCGUUCACAGCUUUGUGGAAGUUACCUGUGGCGUUGAUGUUUAGGCCGAGGUAUGUAUAGUUUUUUGUGUGCUCUAGGGCAACGGUGUCUAGAUGGAAUUUCUAUUUGUGGUCCUGGCAACUGGACCUUAUUUGGAACACCAUUAUUUUUGUCUUACUGAGAUUUACUGUCAGGGCCCAGGUCUGACAGAAUCUGUGCAGAAGAUCUAGGUGCUGCUGUAGGCCUCCUUGGUUGGGGACAGAAGCACCAGAUCAUAAAGAGAACAGUAUACAUUUGACUUGUCCAGAUUCUAGUAGGGUGAGGCCGUGGUUGCUGCAGACUGUUUCUAGUGUAAUCGACCCAAUUAUACUCUCUCUCUACUUUCCUCUAUACUUUCUCUCUUCUCUAACAUUUCUCCAUCCUCUCUAAUUUAUCUAAAGAAGCAGACUGAGCGCAAGACACGGAAGAGAUGGGAACUAUAUGGAGAAGAGGUACAUAAUAUGAGUAUGCUAUAGGCAGAAUUAUAUAGUAUAUAUAUACGUGUAUAUAUAUAUGUAUAUAAUACUAAUAUGUAUAUAUAAUCGUUUAUAUAUAUGUAUAUAUAUAUUACUUGUAUAGCUAUUAUCUAUUAUAUAAUAUAAUAUGUUAUUAUAUAAUAUGUAUAAUCUCAUAUAUAUGCUACUAUUCCUAAUAUAUAUAGUAUAAUGAUAAUAUACAUAAUAGUAUUAUAUCUCUAUACUCUCUAUAAUAUGUAUAUAUCUAUACCUUGAUAUUACUAACUAGCUCUCUAUACUCUGUAUCUAUCUACAUAUGUAUAUAUAUCCCUAUGUACUAUAUAUAUAUAUUGUUCAUUAUAAUCUGUACUAUUUCUACUAUGGUAUCAGCGCAUCGUAUACUACAUACUAUGUAUAAUAGAUAUGAUCGAUAGUCUAAAGAUGCAUAUAUAAUAUGUAUAUAUCUCAAUAAGUCUUAGGAGAUUCAUAUAUCUUGUAUCUGAUUAUUACCUAUCUUUAUGCUACUGUCUAUCUCUAUCUCUGUUACUCUCUACUCUGUCUCUCUCUUCCUUGUCUACUCUCUCUGUCUCUAUCUCCUCUGUCUCUCUCUCUCCUCUGUCUCUCUCUCCUCUGUCUCUCUCUCCUCUGUCUCUCUCUCUCCUCUGUCUCUCUCUCUCCUCUGUCUCUAUCUCUCCUCUGUCUACUCUCCCAGACUACUCUUCCGCUCUCUUCUCUCUACUGUUUACUACCCUGAUGUAUAAUGGUUUUUCAGCCUGCCUUAGUUCCUUGGUUUGUGUGUUGACAUCGUCCUUCCCCCCUCUCUCCUCUGGUCAGACUCUGACGGUGAUGGUGAAGAGUGGUGUGGAGGUGCAGCCAUGUCCGGUCAAGGUGUUGGACACAGACACAAUCACACAGGUCAAAGACAAGAUCCUAGAACCAGAUCUAUAAAGGAGCUCCCUUCUCACAGAGACCUUCUGCAGACUCACUAGAUCUGGGUAAGGAAUAGUGAAUACGUAUCUUUUGCUCUUGUUGACUCAAUGAAUAAAAUAGCAGAGAAUAACUUAGAAAAUCUAUUUUUGACCCUCUACUAAUGAAUGUGAUGUUUGAACACACAACACACCAGUUCUGACCGAAGUGGUUUCAAGAAACUUGUGUAAGGAAUAAUGAACCCAUUUUGUUUGUAAAGCACCUUUCAUACAACGUUUUGCAGCCCAAAGUGCAAACAGAUAUUUAUUUGAACCACAAUCUACCCGAGUAAAUUUGCAUGAGACCUGACUUGCGUUAGCUAACACAGUCUUGUAGCAUUCAGACAACCCGGGUCAACCCAGUCUUGUAGCAUUCAGAAAACAAAUAUGAGUUGUCUCGUCAGAAUGGCGAUCGGGACAGGCGGGUCACCUGACACUGUCAGACGAUGACGUCACAGCGAUUAUCCAGGGGCGCUGGAAGAAACUCAACACUCUGCAGCACUAUAAG